GUCUCUUUCUUUAUUGCCUCUGUAACCCACCUUUUCUUCCAAGGAGCUCAAGGCGGCGUACAUUAUUAUUAUUAUUGUUUAUUGAAUAUAUAUACCACCCUGUACCCGGGGGGGGUGUCUCAUGCUUCCCGCUCUCCCCUUGCUACCCCCACAACAGUCCUGUGAGGUAGGCAGUGAUCUCUGCGCUGAUACCUGGGAAUCGCUUGGAAGGAAAGCUCUACCUCGACGCUGCGCAGCUUCUCUCCAGCCUCGCCGAAUUCCGCCCGAAAAGCGCAGCGACCCAAUCAAGCCCCGGACUACAACUCCCGGCAUCCUUCUCCGGACCGCGCACGCCGGGCAGCUGCGGUUCGGCGCCGCCGCUUUCACCCUUCCCACUCGCGGGGCGUUCUCCUGCCGGACGGGCUGGGCGUCGAGGCUCCGUGGGACGAGCGGGCUCCCCGGUUCCGCCAGCUCCUCGCCGCCCCGCGGCGCUCCGGGCGAGGGCGGCGUCCCGCGUCCUCCCCAGCCGGAGAAGGGGGAGUUUCCAGGAAGUGGCCAUAUUGGAUUCAUUCAGUUGCCUCAGCCCUGGGAGGAGGAGCAGGAGGAGAGGAGCAGGUUCCCGGCAAGACGGCUUCCUAGAGCCCCAGGAGCAGGAACCCCUUCGCCCUUCGGCCCCCGGAUCUCCCUGCCAUGGCUGCGACGGAGCUGGAGCGCUUCUCUGUGAGUAGCAGCCGCAGCAGCAGCCUCGUCUCUAGCCGGGAGGGCAGGGGCGCGCACGCCGCUCCCUCCAAGAGCUACGAGACCCCGACUCGCGGGGUCUGCGCCGUGGGAAAGGGCUCGCCGUGGGGGAGUUUAGGGACGGGGCUCCGGGCCGCUGCCUGUCUGAAUUGGGCUGAGCUUGGGACAUCAGGGAUCUCCCGGGGAAGGGAGUCGCCGCCUUCUGCAGAAGAGGCUGCGCGUCUGGGCGCGCUCUCCAGCAGGCAGGCGUGUUGUCACUUACUCGCCAGAUUGCCAGCCCCGCCACGAAACACGCGUUUGGCAGGGUGGAGGGGGGCAGGGGGGGCUUGUGCCUUUCUGCCAGGAUAGAUGGCGAUGGCGGGACUGGAGUGGGGGCGACCUGUAGUCCUCAGUGAGCGCGACUCUGUGGGAGCGUGGGGGCUAAGGCUGCGUUUCCCACCCCUCUUACCUGGCGUAAGCCCCGCCGAAUUCAGUGGGGCUUAUUUCUGGGUAGGGUUGCAGCCUCCGGGGGGGGGGGGAGACUCCUCCAUGGGUUUUGUACAGCGGCACCAGGCGCCAAGGCUGCCGCCGCUGCCGCGUUUUAAUACAUGUGGCCUGCACCCAAGGAGUGGACUGUCGUAGGUAGUCGGAUAAGACCCACCAGCCGACUUUCUCUUUCCAAAUUAUCGGGGAUCUUCCCAUUCCGAUGGACUUUUUGCCCUGCCCUGCAGUAUUUGUUUAGGCUCUGCGGCAGGAGAUGGGCAGCUGGCCUUCAGGAAUGGAAACAGCAGCUGCAAUUCAAAAAAGCGUCCUUGCAGCUCGAUCCUGCGCGUGUCUGCAUGGACUCGACUCCCACUGCUCACCUCUGAGCAAGUCGCACUGAAAACAAGGGCUGUUUCUUGUGGAUGUUGUGUGCAGGAUCUCAAAGAGAUGAGCCUCUUUCAUUCUGAACCAGCUGUCGCCCAAAGGGGAUUCUUCUCGGUGCAUUUAAUCUUAAUGGAGUGGGAAACCUUUGGCCCUCCAGAUAUGCUUUUUAAAAAAACAAAAAACCCAGCUCAUGAUCGUGGCUCAUGAUCAGGGCUCAUGGGAGUUGGAGUCAGGAGGACCACAGGUUCCCUGUCCUUAAUUUAAUAAUUCCUGGGCGGGGAAGUCAGAUGCUCAGUAGAAGUAUUACCCACAUAGUUGGCUGCCAAUAUAUUGCUGCGAUUACUUACGCAACUCGAAACUUGCAGUGCAUAACAGAGAGAAGCAAAAGUGAGCUUUUCUGUUUGCUAGUGGCUUUUACUCUGUGUUAGAAACUGGGAGAGAAAAGCUAGGAGCCAAAUGGCUCCUGGGUUGUGGACGCCAAAACAGAGUGUCUAGUUGCCGUUCAGCAACACUUUUUAUCUAUUAUUGCAUAAGCAUGAACUAAUACACAAUUCACAUAAGUGACAUAUUGUUAAUAUCACAUUUCUAACAGAAAUUGUUAAUACAUGUUUAAUUUGGUGCUUACAAUAAAAAUACUGGCACCAUACUACAGUUUUCAAAACACUCUACUGUAUUCUUAACAUAUUGUCUAUCUUUAACAUAUACUUUGAGGCUUCAAAGCACAUACAUUUCAAUAAUCCUUGAGUGUCAGCCAGGUGCAAAAAAAUGGCAUCUAGACUUUUUGAGCUGCUUGCAAAUGGAGAAUCUUUAUGCAUGAAAUGCACUUGGCUCCCUGCUAAUUUCGAACCCUGCUUUUACUCUAGUAAUGAUGAGCAGCUGUAAUUAUGGGCCUGAACCUACCAUUUCUACUGAGGCUAAAUAGUAUCUUCCUAUUGACAUAAGUUGAUUAUAGAAAUGUGAACUGUCUGUUGGAAGUCCCAUAUGUGAUGUUGACACUGCACAUAUAUAUAUAUCACAUUAUCUUGGACGUGAGAGUAUGCAAACACAGUUCAGCUAAUAGUCCAACCCUCUAUCAGCCUUGAAUUCCUCAAGUCUGUGAUAUGCAUUCGCGCAACAUGCAUGAAUGAAAUUUCAUGUCCAUUAUGCAUUUAACCACUCUGUGCUGUCUCUUUCAGACACCUUUUAUCUAGCUCUGUGAAAGAAUGAGAGAUCUCCUUCCCCAUAAAACCCUGGGAUAUACUAGUUUUAUGUAUGCCUUAGUAUGCUUACUAAAACAAACAACAAUUUUUUUCUUUCAGAAUAAUUUCUUUUUUGAAGGCUGAUUGUCAAACCUCUGUGUGUGCCAUUAUCCUGUCUAGAACACAGCCAAUGUUUUGUUUGAGUUGCCAGAUGUCUCUGGCCAUUGCAAAUCCUUAAUUGUGUAAAUGUUGGCAUCUAAACAAGACAGAAGCCAAGGAAUGGCUUUCUAAGCCAACACUGUGGGUGUCUCUGAAUGGCAACAUCAUUUAAAUGCACAUUUAUGAGGCACAAACUAAGACUGUGCCUUGUAGUGUGUUUGAAAUGUCAGAUGGAAAGUUUGGGAAGUGUUUUGUAUAUUUAUGUUGGGUCUGCAGGAACCUCCUGUUAAGAAGAAAUGAAACAAUUACAAAAUGUACAGCUGCUCUUAUAUAUACAUUGUGUACAUAUAACUGUAUACAUUGUAUAAUCUCAUUGCACUCUAUGAAAGGCACAGGUUAGUUAAAACGAUCUGAAACUGCCUUGCAUCUAUGGGUUUCUAACUGCUCAUUUGAGCAAUUAUAUUGUGUCCUUCCUGGCUUUUAGCUUGUGCUAAUUCACACAAGCAUUUUCUCUGGCCAUCUGGAGGUUUAUUUAUUGUGUUGCAGCCUAUGGCAUAAGUCAAGUGGAACUCUGUCUUAUGAAAUGAACCAACUCAGGGUUGGCUAACUCCUGCACUGGGAUUUUCUGAAGAUGCAAAUUCUUUAAAUGAAUGUAGGGUAAUAUUCAGAGGUGUCUUUCUGCUGGCAUAGCAGCCAUCCCACUAGCCGGAACCCUUGUUAAUAGGAACAUUCAAAACCGAUGGAUGGUGUGCGGCGACAUUUGCAUGUGCAAAAUAUAUAGUGCAACUGCGGCUGUUAUAUAUGACAGUUGAGCUUGUGCACUGCUGCUGGCACUGUUACGGGUUAAGUUUGUUAGGAGCUGCUGGGAAUUGUAACUCCGUGAAGGGCAAACUCCUGUGCCCAGAAAUAUUUGAGGGCAAGAAUGUGCUUCAAAUGUGCUUUAAAGGUACGGUGUGUACACAGCCUGGUAGUUGAUGCCUCAUAGGGGGAAAUGAAAAAGGGGGAGAGGCAUUGUAAUGGGUGCUAGAGUGAAAUUUAUUUAUUUAUUACACAUCUAUACUGCCCUUCAUCGGAGGAUCACAGGGUGGGUUAUACAAUGUAAAAACACAAAAAUACAUAACAUAGUAGCAAACAGAAACAAUAAAAACCAGGCAUGCACACACAGUUUAAAAGGCCAUAGAUUGUUUAAUUAGCCAAAGGCCUGAGGGAAGAGGAAUGUUUUUGCCUGGUGUCUAAAGAUAUGUCACAAAAGCGCCCGGCGAGCCCCUCUGGGGAGAGCAUUCCACAAGCGGAAUGAUGGAAAUUGCGUUCAUCCCCAAGAGACAAACACUCCAGUCCAGUAAACUGAGCUAAACGGUGGUGCCUAUAUAUGCCGGAGGACAAGAGGUAUAUUGGGACCUUCUGUGGAGUUUUAGUUUUAGCAAAUCAAAGUGGGAGAGUUGAGAUUAAAGCAAGAGCACAGUUAAUCUGAUGGGUAAAGCAGCCUGAAUCAACAGGGCUUGCAGCAUUUCCUCCUGAAUGGAAAGCUCUUCCAUGUGGGGGGAGGGGGGAGUGGAAAAAAGUAUCAUGUGAUGAUCACAUGUCUGCUUCACUGAUGGCAUGCACACAUGUACGGAAGCUGCACUUGCCCAUGUGUGUGCAAUGAAAUGCACGUGUACAUGUCACACUGUUGGUUGCAGUCUGCAUGCAGUUCGCAAAAGAGAGCGUUUGAAAUAGUCCACAGAGGAAGACAAUCCAAAGUGAGAAUGAAAGCAUGCAGUUAUGCGCAGGAGCAUAAACUGCUGUUCUUGGGUACAUCAUGGCAGGACGGCAAAACUUGAUACUGGAACAGGCACUGUGGGAUUAAUGGGAUUUCCUCUGUCUAUGCACACAGCCAAAUUGCCCAUCUUGAAGUGCCUGCAACGUGGACCCCCCCUCCCCAGUCCAUCAUAACGAUGGAAUUUCACUAGUUAUAGCAUAAAUGCCAAAUAAUUGUGGCAAUGCCAAUUUUUUUGAGGGGAGGAAUAACUUAAAAGUUCUGCUGUUUGUUGUUAGUGUUGAAAGCACAUCCAUGUAGGCAUUGCUACAAUGGGAAUAAAAAUAAACCGAGUUGAGGGUUUUGCUAAAACAGCAAGCUCAAGUCAUUUGUAUUCCCUUCCAGCGCCAGUGCCUUGAAACCUUGCCAGAAACUUGCUCUCAGUGGUUACUUGUGUUUCUAUUGAGAGUAAUUAGCUCGGAGGAAAAUUGUUCCCGUGAUAAUGUUUGAACCACUCGGAAUGCAAAACAAAGCACAAAAGUAAGCGCUGCUCAGGUUUUUGCUUUUGUGUGGCGUCAAGAAAUCUAAAACAUCAUUUCUAUUAGGUGAAUGGUGCAGGCAGUAUAUGCGGAAUAAUUGCUACCAGAAGCCAAGCUGGAUGGGAUUUGUGUAGGUUUAAAGCUGCCAUUGCCGGUGUUCAAAAGCUUAUAUGUUACUGUAGAGUUAUUCAGGAGGAAUUACAACGAUGACCAACACCUUUCAUUUUCAUGUAUCGGGACUAGCUUAACUUCCCAAGCUCAAGUUGUCGUAGUUUGAGCUAACAUAAUAUAUAGAAAUUCUUUUCUCUCCACAGUUUGAGUGCAUCCCUCCUGUAACAUCUCCUCCUUCCCUUCUCAGAUCUCUGAACAAAAAUGUUGAGCAUUCUGCAUUAGUUUCAAGCCCUUACACAGCUCUGGCUAUGGGGAGAAAGUAACGCAUGAAAUGAACUGGGCUGUGACCCAUUUAUCUGAGUGCUGCACAAUCUAUCCUUGGAAAACAUUUUUCGAUUCAAAACUGGGGGUCUGGUGAUACUGGAUUCAGCAACCCGGCUUUCGCUCCCACCCCCCUCCAUUACUUUUUCCAAGGACCAAUACUAGUUUGAACGUCAAGCGCCAUUCCCCUGAAUUGUAAUACCUUAGGAAGGCCCUCUGUGAAGCAAGAGGAGCUCGGUGUUUAGUUAUUAUAUUGUGGGAAUUGUUCUGCAUUUUGAAAAUUAAAUUUAAAAUAUUGUUCAGAACAGUUUGUUUUUCACUAUCAUAAAUUUCGGGUAUGUUUGUGUAAGACAGUGGAAUGUGAAUACGACCCCCACCCCCUGCCAGCCCCAGUUGUUAUGUAAGAUUUUGCUGGAGCAUCAGUGUGUUCUGUCUGCCUGUGACCUUAAUGAUGGCCUCUGGAAGGGCAGAUCAAUCCUAAUUUAAUUAGAGAUGUAGCCAAACUGAACAUCCAUCCCUGCACGACCAUGAAGCUUGCUAGGUGGCCCUGAGCAAGUCACGAUCUCUCAACUUAAUCCAUCCUACAGGGUUUUGUUGAGAGAAUAAAAUAUAAAUCUCUGCCCAAUAGUGGUACAGAUGUGGAUUCUUUAGUUUUGUUACAUUCUCAGGGCUGAUAACCAAUAUCUGCUGAGUAACUUGGUGCCCCUGAAGAUAUACAGUAUACACUAAAUGAAAUCCAAGGCUGCAUUCCUGUGCACACUUGGAAGCAAGGUCUAAGGACCUCCAUGUCCAUAGAAGUCACUAGAAAGUUAGCAUCCAUCCAUUCAGUUUGGCUGCUCAUUACUUUGGCCGACUUUGAUUUAGGUGCUGAAUCACUUUCCUAUCCUGUGAUGCCAAAAGGGCGGGCAAAGAGUUGAUUUGGUGCUCAUAAAACAUGGUUGAAUAGCUACUUCACAACUGCACACCUGCUCUGACCCUACGGGAAUUACAGUGCAAGCCUACAUUUCUAUACAGAAGUACGCCCCAUUGAAUUCAUCGGGACUUGCUCCAAGUUAAGUGUGUGUAGGACUGCAGACUUAGCAUUUCACAUUUUGAAUGUUUUCAUCUUCAUUGCAAUAGCUGGUUUAAAACUUUGGCUGGUUCUGAAACCAGGUAACCAUCGUUUCCCAGUCUGGAUGGAAUGAGAAGGUAUGGUUAGCUGAAAACUUCCCAGCUUACUGCAGUGUAUGCCAAGGAGUGAAAAGGUGGCAAAAUGACAGAGAGCAUGAGCAAAGGGCUUGUGCAUAUAUUGGCUUGUUUAAUGAUUGUCAGAACCAGGCCAUUAUGUUACUUCUGUGGGGGAGUUCUGAGCUUCCUUUUUAAAUACCAGUAGUGAUCAUUGAAUCCAAAGCUGUGGUUGGAAUAACAUUUGAUUCUCAAUACUUCCAGCACUCCCACAGAAACCCUGCAUGACCUAAAAGCCAAUGUCAUAUGGGAUCCUGAUGAAUAAGGACUCCCAUCUCACACAAACACCCAGUAGUUAAGGUCUCAUUAUUAAGCCAUUAUUCAUGGUUGCAGAACUGGAAGUGUGGAAUGCAUCUAUUAAAAAUAAUUGUAAUUUAAGUGUGAUAUGAAGAGUGUAUCUCUGCUGCUUCUCUGCAACUCAUCUUGGUCCCUUUCUCCUUAAAGCUUGAUGGGAGCAACUUGGAGCAUAAUUUUUUUCCUUGAGCCAGCAGCUUGUGUUUAAGCUCUGCCCUGCAGGGCUAUAGUUGGGCUUCGGGAUAUUUAGCGACCCUUCUGAGCACGUGUGAAGCGCCUUCUUGGUGCUUCUUUCAUAAUUCACAUUGGGGAUUUUGUUCUGGGUUUGUGUGUUCUGGGUUGUUCAUUUUGAGAUGGCUAUAUUGUGUGCCUGAUGCCCUUAAUACACACAACAGAUGUCGGUUGGAUUGAACACCCUUAUGAAGCAUGUCACUCUUCCUUGUCAACUGUUGACAUUUCUAAACGUUUGUCCCACAUUAGAUUGUAUGGGUUUGGGGUUUGUUUUUCAUUUUUCUUUGGGAAGCUGCCUUCACUUCCCACACUAUGUUUAAAACAAGCCAGCCCCUCUCUUCUCUGUAUCCCCCUCACCCCCACGUUGCUAAAUGCAAAGUGCGAUGGAAGAAACUAUUAUAAGAAGCUGACAACUGAUGUGGCACAAUCUGGGGAGCUGGGCUUGUUCUGCUGGGCUCCCCCUCCCCCUGGUGCUAAUGGUUUUACGCUUCACCCUCAGCUGCUGAGGUUUGAUGUAAAGCUCUUGAGAUGAUAGGGUGUUCUUGGCAAAUAAAGGAGUUAGAAAAACAUUUCAGAAAUGUUACCAAUAGCUAAGGCAACAGUGUGAGAAGAGGUCAUGUGUCUCUCUCUCAUUUCAUAACAGACCACAACUGUGAAAUGUUCUGUGGAGGACUGCUGUGGGAAAGUAGAUGGCUGUGAUUUCCCUUUUGAAUUGCCUUGGAGCCGGCUUGGGAUGUUUCCUACCUCACAAAAGGAUAUAGGGCAAAUAAUUCCUUUGCGGAAAAGGGAGUUGAGCCAGAGCUGUGUUCUUAGAUUUCCCACCACCACCGUGGAAUUGGGAUGACAUGAGCCUCCCUAGAUAUUCUCUAGGAAAGGUGCCAUAUGUCACGUCCCCAAAGUGCCGGUUCUCCAAUCACCAUCCAACUAAUUUAAUUUGUUGGGCCGACAGCUUCCCUGAAUGGAUCUGCAUGCAUAGGCUGGUGCCUUAGCCAGAUUAAAACCCAUGGUUGCUGUGACCCUGUACUUCUCCCACCAAGGGGACAGGUCUUGUCUUGUCUUGUCUUGUCUCUGAUGCCUCUUAGUGCAUCCUACCAAGGGCAGCAUGAGGGCAGGAAUGGGGUUGUGUUGGCAGGGACAGAUGGGAAUUGUAGAUCAAGGUAUCUGGGCAUCACUAGAAUGGUGAAGGCUGUUCUACCCUCUUCUUGAGCAGGGAGUUGGAGCACAGACAUGGAUCAUCCCUACAGUUGCACAGCACUUUCCAGGUUGUCAUAAUAAUAAUAAUACAGUAAUUUAUUAUUUGUACCCUGCCCAUCUGGCUGGGUUUCCCCAGCCACUCUGGGCUGCUUCAAACAAAGAUUAAAAAUACAGUAAAAUGUCACACAUUAAAAGCUUCCCUAAACAGGGCUGCCUUCAGAUGUCUUCUAAAAGUCUGGUAGUUGUUUUUCUCUUUGACAUCUGGUGGGAGGGCGUUCCACAGGGCGGGUGCCACUACUGAGAAGGUCCUCGGCCUGGUUCCCUGUAGCUUGGCUUCUCGCAGUGAGGGAACCACCAGAAGGUCCUUGGCUCUGGACCUCAGUGUCGGGGCAGAAUGAUGGGGAUGGAGAUGCUCCUUUAGGUAUACCGGCCCGAGGCCGUUUAGGGCUUUAAAGGUCAGCACCAGCACUUUGAAUUGUGCUCGGAAAUGUACUGGGAGCCAAUGUAGGUCUUUCAGGACCAAUGUUAUAUGGUCUUGGCAGCCGCUCCCAGUCCUAGAACCUUAGAACUGCAGUGUGACUGAUGCAAUGCAACUUGCAAGCCCUUUCAACUGCUCCUUUCCUAACUCUAAACUUAGGGUGGGGAGAAGAGAGAUGAGACUGGCACGCAUCAUGUUUACCACUGCAUGAGUGAAUUUAUGGAUUCAUGGCCCCUUUUUUCCACUGCUUGGCCCUCCGGAUUUAAGGCACUCAUCACCUACAUCUGAAUGACUAUGUUUUAUUUAAUUUAUUCAUUUAAUAUAUUUAUAUCCAAGGUGUGUUAACUCCAAAGAUUUUUCAGAACUGCUUAUGAAACAGACAUUGAGAUUAAAAGGGAAAAUGCCAGAAUAUCAGCAACACAGGUAGUUAUUAAAUCCACAUUAGCCAUGUUCAGGGCGGCUUACUCCUAGGAAACUUGGUAUAUGAUUGCAGCCUUAGCCUACAUAAUUGAUACAGGGUACAUACAGAACCUUUGUCUUAGGCUGCAACAGGAGAUAUUUAUUUAUAUUCUAGUGCAGACUUGUCUAAACCUGUGCCUGGGAGAGAACUUGAGUGAACAGGAGAUGAAGGGCAGGACCACUCUUCCUCAUUUGCACCAGUGAUAAGUGGAUAGUAUUUUAGUCUUGGACCUGAGUCCCCACUUGAACACAGUUCUUACCUUGGGCUGCUGCUUUUCUCUGACCUGGCCUACAGUUCUGCAUGGAUAAACCCUCUUUAUACCACUCACCUUGAAUGUCUUGGAAUGGUGGGCCUUGCGCAAAAAUGUCUUAAUUUCCAAGGAUUUGUCUUAAGAGUUUUGAAUGAACAACUGCUUAAGGAUUUGAAGUAUUUAGAUUUCAAAUGUGUAUCAUUGUGUUAUUCUGUUGCCGAAGAGCUUUGAGACUGGUGGCGAAGGGUGCUUUUAGCUCCUCUGAAAGUUCGACUGAGCAGGGGCUUGCUAACAGAACUGACUGUGGCCUUUCGUUUUCCAAACCAGACGCUGUUUAUCUUUUCCAGCAUGUACUCAUUUGGGGAAUGGAAUUCUUGUUCUGCUGAAAUCAUGAACUUUCUCAUCCUUAAGGUCAUUCUGGAGGAAAUGUCUUUCAUUUUUUUGUUUCAUGGUUUCCCUCUGUUUUUUUCGCUGACUUCUCCAAGGUCCAACUUACGUUUGCAGGAGUGUGUUCUGUGCAGCAGUGAUAAGAGGCCCAGUUAAUUUGGUAUAACUGUGUCUGGCCUCUGCCACUUGAGGCUGUAGAUGGGAGGGCCCCCAGAUUUCACCGCUCCUCCAAAUAAAAAUAAAAACAAAUCCCUGAACAGGACAGGGGGAAUAGUGCUGGUAUAACCUUCUUCCUUGUACGGUAUUUUUCUAAGAACCGUAAAAAGAUAAGUAAGUAAGUAAAUAAAUAAAUAAAGAGCCUGCCUGCUGAAGUGGCCCAGGUCCAAGACAGGUUUACCACUUUAGUGAGAACUAGACCAGAGCAAACCCUAAUUUUGUUCCCUUGUGCUCUCGCAACAUUAGGCUGCCUUGUAUAAAUACAGCAACAGAUCAGAAAAACCUGAUUAAGUGCAACAUUCUUUCACUUUGUGUAGGGUGGGGGAGCAUCAUUCCUGAAGCCUUACCCAUCUAUACAAAUACUUGGAUGGCUAUUCUUGCAGUGUGCACACAUUGACAGGGGUUAGAGUUUUGACCUGAUCUGUUUAUCUUUGGCUUAUUUGUCUGGUCUAGAGAAGGGAAGAGGUACCAUAACUCUGAUCUAUAGAUGUCUGUCAGGUUUUACCAUGAAUGCUUUUAGAAAACAUUGGAGAGGAUUCUGGCAGGGGGGCAGUGUAGAGAUAUUUGACUGCUGUAAAAAUGUGAUUCAGGCAAGAGAACUUAGCACCUCUUGCAAUUUGUGCCAAGGGGAACAAGGCCAGGCUUAAAAGAGACCUGCAUAAAUGUCAAUAUAUACACACAGGGAGUUUCAUGUUUCCCCUGCUCCCAUUUCAUUCCUCUGCACUGUGCUGCUGUUUUCCUCUGCUGGGGUUUCCCUGGCACCUUCUUGAGGAUCACAUGGGGCUGUAGUGAGAAGGGGGCACAAAAAAAGUCUACAUGGACAAAAUGCCAUGCAUAGCCUUUUGGAUCCCAUUUAAACUCUCCUCCCCAAAUUUGGAGGAACUUGGAGUCUAUCCUUUGUUUAGGUAAGGAAAAUAUUAUAAUGCAAAAUUCCAAAGGGUUUUUUAAAUACUUAAGGCAUAAUGUAAUCCAAGCAUGGCCAGUUAGAAAUAUGAGUUUGUAUUUUGGUGUUGUAUUGAUGUGUACAAAACUGUCCUCUUUUAUAGUCAAAUACAGGUUGGUUUUUUUACUUUGCAUUCAUGCCUGCUAUUGAAAUUAAAAGCUCACCAAAUGUCCUGUUUGUCAGUGUGGGAAAGAGAGAGCAGCUCUCCGCUGUCAUGAAUGGGAUGGGCAACUGGGAGAGCAUGUGUUUCUGGACUGAGCAGCUAUUUCUUUCACAACGUAAGUUUUUAAUACCUUGAUCAUCCUUCAGCUAUGCUUAGCAAUGAAGAAGUCGGAGAUUGAGCAAUCCAGCACAUACCUAAGCAAAGAUAAGUGACAUAUUGUUUGCUUUUUAAGGUGAGUCCAGAAACAGCAUUUAGAUAAAGAGGCUCAAAUGUAAGAUCAGCUUGCUUGGUAAGAGCCCCAGCCCAUUGAAUAGCCUUCCAUAAAUAUGCUGGGGCUGUUGAGGAAAAGGCAUUUUUGCCUUCCAGAGAACCCCAUUUUGUCAGCAUCAGAGAAGUGCUUCUAAAAGGUCUGAGUGGCAUUGCUAAUAAAGCUCUUGCUUUGCUGAGCAGAAGCAAAGAUUUUCCUCUCGGUGCUUGCUGUUCUAAUGGGUACAGCAGAAUAUGAGGACGGGGUUGUUGUUUUUGAUCCCUUAAAGGAAAGGAAACAGCAAAGUAAUGGGUUGGAACUUGUGAGCUUGGUGGGCCAACAAAGAGGUUGAUUAUCUUCACAUUCCUAGUGAACCAACUUUUUGCAACAUUCAGUGUGCAUUUAAAACACAUGACUUCCUUCAAGGAGUUGUGGGAAUGGGAGUUUUUUCCUCAGAGACACAGUUACCAGCAUCCUUAACAAGCUACAUCCCAGGAUUCUUUGGGGAAAACCAUGUGCCUCAAGUGUGCUUAAAAAGUGUGGUGUGUAUCUGCCCGCAGAUGCCUGUAGUUGAAGGUACAAGAAGAGUAUGAAAUUUCUGUUGAUGCAUUGACUGGAGAAGGGUGGUGGGAGAAUCAGAGAAGUCAAUAAACAUCCCACUCUGAAGUGGUUUACCUAGAGGCAGACUUUGGUCUUUCACUUUUCAGCGGCACAUCAUGAGAGGCCAAAAGUCGUCUCCCCCGGCCUCCUUCCUUUCUGCUCAUUUCACUACAUCAUAGUCAUAGCACCCUGCAGCGCCCCCUAGGCUCAGUACCCAGUGCGGCGGAACCAGUCACGCUGCCCAAAACCCACCUCUGGUUUACCCAUUUUGAAAGUUGUACAGUUUGUUACAGAAGCUUGAAACAAAGCUUGAAAGGUUUGGUUGCUGUGCACUCCAGAUCAACAGAAGCAGCAUUGCAACGAAGUUGUUCGGAAGAUUCUCCCUCCUUCAUUCCUGAUCUGCAUGCUGAGAUUGUACUGCAGCUUGCAAAUGAAGGAGCUGAAGAGAAUGUUACCCUUCCUGUGUCCCCCCCCCCAUCUGCUCAAGUUGGCUACGAGUGUUGCUUAGCACAGAUGCAGUCUGGGUUUUGGAUGCUUGAAAGCGUUUGUUCCUGAAUGGUGAAUGAACUGAUUCUUAAACAGCUUCAUCAUCAUCAUCAUCAAAUGGCUGAUACCUACUUAGUUUCUGACAACAAGAGGUCUGCUGUACAAAACGAAUGGAACUUUGGAUUUCACUGAACAAGCUGCUGUAAUAACUUUAGAGGGCCAUUGAACGGCCUACCAAUAUAAAGGUCACAUUUGGCAAUUCAUGUGGGCCAGAGGAUCACAGCUAAUUAUCAUACAUAGCUGCAUGUAAUUAAUAUAAACCAUUGCCUCUAGGCCACCCAAAUUCCUCAGUAGCUGCAUGCAACAGUCCUUCUUAUGAGAUAUAUUUCUGCUCUGCUUACCCACACCCUGCUUUGUGAAACAGUUCUCAAACUAUUCUUCCUCCCCACCACCCUCUCUGUGUGUGUGUGUGUGUCUCUGUUUCUGUCUCUCAACUCCUGGCUUGGAUUAUGAUGUGACUGCUUAACCAGUGACAAUAUCUUUUGCCCAAUUACUGUACAAAAUACCCAAUUUAUCCUAAUCCUGUACUCUUUUUUUUAUCAGGGUCUGUAUUAUCCCACUGAGCCACAGGAUGGGAUAGUUUGCUAAGCUGUUAAAACCUUUCAUUCAGGAAGCAAAGAAGUCCUAUUUAAAUCAAUGCCAUUCCUUUGGAACACAAUCAGAGUGUUUGAGGCAUGUGCCACAGAAGGAAAUGCGGAAUGACUGAAGUAGUUUCUCUCCUGCUUUGCAGAUGUUGUGGGACUGGAGGAGAUCCUUAAUUUCCCACUGAGCAUAUAGUUUUUUCCAGUGCCUUAGUCCAAUGUCUGGAAGUGGUGCUCAAACUCUUUGCUCAUAGGCGCAGUCUUUGCAGCCUUUUUUCAUAUUGAAAGGCAGAAACUGGCUUCCCCUUGUGUCCUUAGCUGGUAUGACAGAGGGCUUUCCCCUUUGUAGGUGCUCAGGCAACUGUGCAUGAGGUUUGUUAUGAAAAAUAUUUAUAAUGAAAACCAGGCUUUAUAUUAAGGUAGGGGUUGGCACACAACAGAUUGGGAUCUACUGGUAUAUUUCCAGGGGGCUGCAUUAGAUCAGCAUGGGUUUUUCCUGGCUCCCAGCUGUUUAAACAUUAGCAACAAUUAAAUAACUCCCCCCCCCAAUCUAAAUUAGGCUGCUAAAAGGAAGAAAACUAACCAGGAAUAGAUAUUUGUGUGAAAGGACUGUUCCCUCAGUUCAGUUCAGUUCUGAUAUUGAAAAAUAAAUUCCGAGGCUUGGAAUGUAGUUAGAGGCACCCUGUUUUUUUUUUAGAUUUAAACGGCGUGGCUUUUGCUUGUCGUUCUAAUAGAAAACAAAGUUGAUUUGACAACCAUGAAGGCUUCCUACCCCUGCAUAAAGGCAUUCUUGACACCUCUAUAAAAGCUUGACAACAGUAAAUGCACUCGCUUCACAAUCAGUUCUGAACAUCAUAUAUUUAUUGAUGCCGGCAGGUUUCUUAAAAUAACAAAUUGUGUGUGUUGCACAUGCUCACCCCAAUGUAGCCUAGCAAGUCCAUGAUUCUUGAGUAGGGCCAAGGCAACCCACCCUUCCUCCAUGAGUUCCCUCACCUCAUGGACGGGGCGGGGGGCAGUGGAAAGCAGCCUUUCUGCAGCUGUAGCAAGUCUUUCAGUUCAAGAACUAUAUCAUACCCUGUUUUUGAAACUGUAUUCUGAUGGGUCCUUGAUUGCAUUCUGCUGAAAGUACAGUCGUACCUUGGAUCCCGAAUGCCUUGCGAGGUGAACAUUUUGGCUCCCAUACGCCGCAAACCUAGAAGUGAGUGUUCGGGUUUGCGAAUGUUCUUUGGAACCUGAAUGUCCAACGCGGCUUCUGCAGCUUCCGAUUGGCUGCAGGAGCUUCCUGCAGCCAAUCGGAAGCCGCACCUUGGUUUCUGAACAUUUUGGAAGUCAGAUGGACUUCUGGAACAGAUUCCAUUUGACUUCCAAGGUACCACUGUAUGUUGCAUUUAUAUUUAUUUAUUUAUUAAAUUUAUAAACCACCCUUCACCCAAAAGUCGCAGAGCCGUUUACAAAAUAAAAAUGCAAAAUGAAAACACAAGAUACAUAAUAUAAUAGCAAAAAACCCCAAUAUCCUAAUAGCUCCCCCUCCCGCAAACAGAUUUUAAAGACCGUAGAUUGUUUAACCAGCCAAAGGCUUCCUUGAAGAGGAACAUUUUCCCCUGGUACCAUGGACGGGAGAUGCUUCCCCCUUCAAAACUGUGGAUAUGAGAAGGUGGCUAUAGAACAUGCAAGUUAAGCUGUAAUAGAGGACAUGUCACAAUGCUCUUGAUCUCAGGACUGCAGCCUGCCCUGACAAUUCAUGCCAACAGUUCAGUGGUCUGAAUAUUCUGACCUGCAGCUGUGCUCUAAUUGGGCACCCUGAGUGACAUUAACCGAGUCACAGAUUUCCCUACCGGUGAAGUAAUCAAUGGAUCCUAUAGAGUGCCCUAUAUCUCAGAGAUAGUUACUGUGCAUUAUGACAUUUGAAUUUACAACUAUUUUUCACUUUUAAAGCCAACAAGCCUAGCUGUUCUUUAUAAAAAUGAAUGAAUGUCACGCUGUGUGGAAUGUUCCAUCUGUGCAAGUGUAUCAGCUUGCCAGCAGAACAAUGCCUCUCCCCUCUCCUGCACGCUGUUCUGGGGUUCUCCUGACCCCCAAGGAUGGCCCAAUACAUUUGGGCCCCACAGGCGAACCAGAAAAUGGUGCCUCCUGCCAGAGAAGAAGAAGGAGUGAAGAUUUCCAUCAGGAACAAGGGGGAGAGUGAAGACCAACAUCGGGAACAAAUGGAGGAAUCAAAUCAACCUUACCUGGUGGUUGAAUCAAAGGCUCUCAUGGUGCUGGGGGGAAAGGGCCCACCCUGAAUCACACUGGGCAGGUGGAGACCCCAGAGGGCAGCCCCUGCCACUUCCUCCCCAGGCGUGGGAAGAGACCAGCAGUGCCUCCUGUCACUAUAGAUGUGGCAUUGGAUGUGCUGCUGAGGAGGUGGCAGAUCUGACCUCCAAGGAGCACAUUGCACCUGGCAAUGCAUUCCUUGGAGGCUGGAUCUUCUGCCCCAAUGGAUCCUGCUGCCUGAGGCAGUUAACUCACUUUGCCUCGUAGGUGUGCUGGCCCUGUCUGACACACACUCCUGGCUCCUUUUGACCUAUCAGAACCUAUGCCACAUUGGGCAGGUAACUAGUGUGAACACCUGGCCAGGAGUUUGGAAGACCCAAGACACCCUCUGAGGCAGAAAUAGGGAGUUGAUAGAAAUGGCAACCAGGAUUCCCCAGAUUUUCCUGCCAGGCAGCACCUUUCCUGUGGAUUCUGGAGAUGAUGUGCCUCACUCAAGGGAAAUGGAGGCACGAGGAACCAGGCUUUUUCUUCACAUUGACAACAAGGGCAUGUGGCAGUUUCAUGUGUGCUAGGCAUAAAGCUUUGCCUAGAGAGCUUGCUUACUUGCUCUGGCACACCUUUUUAGAAUUAAAGGCCCUACGUGGGGUCAAAUGAGAGGACACUUAAAUGACAACAGUUGUUGUUGUUUAGUCAUUUAGUCGUGUCCGACUCUUCGUGACCCCAUGGACCAGAGCACGCCAGGCACUCCUGUCCUCCACUGCCUCCCGCAGUUUGGUCAGACUCAUGCUGGUAGCUUCGAGAACACCGUCCAACCAUCUUGUCCUCUGUCGUCCCCUUCUCCUUGUGCCCUCCAUCUUUCCCAACAUCAGGGUCUUUUCCAGGGAGUCUUCUCUUCUCAUGAGGUGGCCAAAGUAUUGGAGUCUCAGCUUCAGGAUCUGUCCUUCCAGUAGGAGACUAGAUUUUUAUUGGGCAGCGACUGGCAGAAUCCGAGACCAGGGAGAAGAGUCGGUGGAAGAAGAUUGGAAGAAAUUUAAAGUUUAUUUACAGAAACAUUGUAAAAUUAAGGAAUUUUAGAAGGAUGUUGGAAUGAAGUAAUGUGGUUUUAGCAAAAAUGCUAUAAAGGAUUAAGAAAAAACAGAUUGUUAAAUGGUGAAAGGAGGGAAAGUAAAGUUACAAUAUAUUAAGAUAAAAUAGAGGACAAAAACUGGGAAAGAUGGAAAGGACUUGCUGAAAUAGCUAACUGAACUAGAAUACAAAAAAAGGGAGGUGUGAGGAGGUCAAGGAAACAAGCAAAUGAAAGAUAAAUUAUGGGAAGAUUUAUUGUAUAUAUUUUUUUCUUUUUUCUUUUUUUUAUUGUGAUGUGAUGUUCUGUUUUUCUGUUUAAUAUGCUGUUUUCUAUUUUUUCUUUUUGUAAUCUUUUAAAUCUUAAUAAAUAUUAUUUUUUAAAAAAUAGAUUUUUAUUGGGCAGUGAGUAAAAGGCUGGAGAAUCAAGGGCUUAAUAAGUAAAGGCUCUUUAGAGCACAAUCAACAAACUAAUUAGGUGGGUCUGGUCUUGCUGAGGCAGCACAUCUAAAGUAGCUUAAAAACAAAAGGUCAGUCAGCUGAUUAUAGUCUUAGUAAAGAUCCAAACACAUUUCUCCCUUUUGUGUGGUUUAGUUCCUUUGUGCAGUGUGUCGAAGACUAUCGUUUUUCAGUUCCAAGCCCUCCUUGAUUAAUUCAUGUGCUGCGGUAUUUCAGAUAUGUUGUCUGGUGGUUUUUUUCCUGCCCAAGGUGUGUAAGGUUUGUUUAUCUUAUUUAUUUGUUGCAUUUGUAUCCCGCCUUUCCACCAAACGGUGCUCAAGGCUGCUAACAGCAGUGGCAAAUGUUGCAAGUAUUGUGUUUCUUGGUAUCCACCAUAGGAGUCAACUCCUAGGGUCUGAUGUCCCUUCGCUCUGCCUCCCAUUAAAAUAUUUGAAGGGGCUGACACACACACCCCAGAGUUGAUGGGCACUGGCAUUCAAAUGGUGUUCGUGUGCUGGGUCUUGUGAUUGAUUAUAGUGACAGAUUGCUCCUGGCUCAUCCUAAGAGAUGUCCAUGCAAGAACUGGAACGGGGUUUCUAUCGCCAGAUGUGACUGGCUCUCCCACGUGGAGGAGUUGAUCCACCUGAAUAAGUCUGUGGAUUGCUGGAUCAAGGCCUUUGACUGAGCUUUUAUCGACAGCUGAUUCUUCUGUUCUUUCUACUUCAGUCACAAGAAUUGUUUGUUUGGAAUCAGAUGGAAAACUACAACAGUAAGGCCACCAUUGACUUUCUCGUUGGUUUUACAGUAUUAAUUUUUGAGACAUGGGCUGAGUAAUGCAGUCUCCUUUUUGGCUGCUACUCAGAAGCAACUGUGAACAUAUUAGAAGAGGAGGGGAAACAUAAAAUAACUCCCAAAGCACAUAUUAUCUUUUCAUCUUCCCGAUUUUGGAUUGUCUUGGUUUUGCGAUUUGGCUAGUCUGAGACAGAGCUUCCUUAUAAACUCAUAAUACUGAUUCUGGCUGUUGCCUAGGAACAUGUCUCUGGUCUUUCGGGGCAUUCAUGUUCUAAUCAUAGCUCUCUGGCAAAACCUUGUUUACUUCCUUUCCAGGCAGUGUCAAUGACACAGCCUUCAAAGGUUUUGGUUUUAUGUUUAUAACUUGUCUUUCAUUUAUGCUUUAGAGAGGGUGGGUGUGAGGAACAUAUCAGCCCUAGGCAAUUUUCAUUAAGAAUACAGACUGCCAGCUGAAGUGAUUGGAUAGUCCAUAAUUCACAUUUUCUAUUUCGAUAGUAAAAGCAGGCUUGUAAUAAGUCACUCACCUGGCUUCCUUUGGUGAGGAGGAAUAGACUUCAGAUGACCAUGAAGAGAAGCUUCUGUAAAAUGGAAAAGAUCUAGUUCUUUUCUCCCCACCUCCAGCACAAAUGAAUUAAGGGCCAAACUAAGUUCCUAGGAAGCUGUCUUGUACCCAGUCAGACCACUAGCCUAUCCAGCUCAGUACUGUAUGCACUGAAUGGCAAUGGCUCCCUAGGGUUUCAGACAGGGAACCUUUCCCUGGAGAGGCCAGGGAUUGAACCUGGGACCUUUUGCAUGCAAAGCUGAUGCUCUGCCACUGAGCCACAUGGCACAAACAUGUAAUAAUGCAUUUUUUAAAAGUUAUUUGAAUAUUUAUUUAGCAUUUUGUGCAUCCCAGCCUUCUUCCCUUUUGGAGCACUGGGUAGCUAAUGACGCACAGUAAUAAAAGCAGCAUAAAGCAGAACAUAAAUUAUAAUGGCUAACUUACAAAAAGACAGUAGCAAUACAUAUCUAUAGAAUACAUCAGCUGCUGAAGAGGAGUGAAAUUGUGACUGCAGCAUAUAGGAAGGAGGAUUUAAUCCUUUUCCUGUCUGUUGCAGUCCGGCUAAAAACCUCUGCCACCAUCCUUCCAUCUCUCAAGCUGAAAUUGGCCUUGGAACAGAAAUUUCCAGUCGUGCCAGCAGUGAGUUUUGAGUGUGUGGCUUACAUCAGGGCGGUUGUGGUUGGGGAAUGGUUAGACACCCCCUCGCUGUGCAAUAUUCUCUCCCUGCCUGAUGUCAUUUUCUUGCUCUCCCCUCUCCAUCCCCUCGUUGAGAUUUAAAGAUAUCUUUUUUUAAAUGAUACUGUAGUCAGUGGUGUCCAAACUUUUUUCAAAGAGGGCCAGAUUUGCUGAAAGGUAUUGACCUUUUUUAAAGGAUUGAAGUUGUUGAGCUUUUUUUUAGGAUUUUACCCCAGAAAUAAACUGCCACAACUAACUGGAUUCGGCCCCAGAAACAGACUUUGGACAUGCCUGCCUUAGAUGUUCACAUUCAUUUAAUAUUUGAGCCUACCAUACGUAUGUAGAGCAGGUUUUCAGGCUACCCAGUUUUUCUGGGCUAGUAACCUUUGUGAACACACUUGUACUGUGCAUCAGCCCCACUUACCAUGUAUUCGCUGAACCCCUAUAUUAUGUCCACUAAGUCAUGCUGGCCACAUGACCCGGAAGCUGUAUGCUGGCUCCCUUGGCCAAUAAAGCGAGAUGAGCUCUGCAACCCCAGAGUCAGCCACGACUGGACCUAAUGGUCAGGGGUCCCUUUACCUUUACCUAUAUUAUGUCCACACAACGAAAUCCUAUGUACAAGUGUGUGUGCACGUGCCCAUUGGCCCAGGAUCCCUCUUCACAUUGAAGAGCUCUGCUUAGGGAGAAGGGAGCUUAACUGCAACUUCCAGCUUGGGUGGCGUGCUAAGUGAUACCAUAACGUGGCUUACUGUGUUACACAAACAGGAGUCCUGAAGUGAUUUACUGGAACAGCAUCAUACAAAAUAUACAGCUUUGAGUGAUGGCUUCAAUUUCUGCUGACAAACGCAGUAGGUGUAGAUGAGUUUUUAACAUGUUGAUGGUGAUAGUGGAGUAAACUGUUGUGGUCAGCCAGGGCUGUCUUAAGCAUAUGUGGCGCCGGGGUGCAAAGAUCCACUCGGCGCCCCCCCCCCCAGUUGCCCAGUCCCAGGUGCGUAGGAGGGCGGAGCCGGCUGCCCACCUCAGCGUCUCACUGGCUUGGUCGCCCCCGAACUCAUGGCACAGAGCCGCCUGCACAGAAGAGCCCGCUGCAGCGCUCUGACCGACAAGCAGGCUCUUCCCCGGACUCUUGGGCCCCGGACUCUAGGCCUGGCGCCCCUGAGAGCCCAGCGCCCAGGUGUCCUUCACUCCUAGUGCCUAUGGGAAAGACGGCCCUGUGGUCAGGAUAUUUCUCUAUCCUGAAAUCCUGUCUGGAGACUCUUUGUGCUGUUCUUCAUUUGGUGGAGGAAAAGGGAGCGGGAGCACAAAUGUCGAUCAAUAUGUUCCGUAAAACAAUAUGAGAUCAUUUCAGAAAGAGAGCUUGAAUAGCAGAGUUCUGUCACAGCCAAGAAAGUUGUUUUUGGUGUUUCUUCUCUUGCCUUUUAAAAUAAAGGGAGUGUGUGCUUAGUCUUUUGAAAGAGGACAUUAAAAUGCUUGAGCUGGUCUUAAGUUGAACAACAAGUUAAUCUUUUGUUUAGUAAUCUUGGAGAGAAGUCUCAAGGCUUCAAGUCCUUCACUGGAAUAAAUUUUAAAAUUGGCAGCCAGUGAAGGUUUUCAUAAACACUUAGCUUCUGUAGACUGUUCUGCCUGAUGGAACAUCAAGACAAGAUUUAUGCGGGUGGGAACGGAGAAACUCAAUCCAGAAGCAUCAGUGUUUGUACGUUUCCUACUCUCAGUUAACCUCCAUAUAGUUUUGAGGGAUUAGAAGCCUUCCUCAGUUUUCACAUAAGUAGACCCACAGGGUAGUCCUUCUGGGACAGUUCUCCAAAUUGUUACUUGUGGAGCUACCAAACCACUGCGAUCCUGAUAAUAAAAUUAUCAUUAAAUGAAAGGUGUAUGCAGAGAAGUGGGUGGACAACUUUUAAAAUAAUAGAUGAGGGAAGUUCCUCUUUUGAUUUCAGAUGGGAGUUGAAAUUCAACAACAUCUGGAAGGCCACCCCUGGUUUAAUGUUACAGAUAAUGCCUGUGUUGAUUCAGAGGACAAGCACUCAAACAUGUACAAUCGGGGUUAGCAACUGGGUGCCUGCAACUUCUUUGCUAAUGCGACAGUAUAUGGAGAUUUGUUUUGGGGUGAGGAACCCAUUUCAUCCCAUUUUUUAUAGUGCAAAAAAAUCUGACUUUUGUGAAAGAUCUGGAAUGGAUAUACUUGAUAUUUUCAGUAGUGUGGCAUGUGUACAAGCACCAUCUCACUUUUUGUGGAAUAGGGAUGGUUUAGGUGACGGUCUGUUUCAAGGCCACUUCUCUUUGACCAGAGAUGGCAGAUAGCGACAACAGCAGAGAGUCAAAGUACUGCCCAUGACAGCGAUCCUUAUCCUCAGACAAAAUUUCCUCACGGUAGCCAGGUUCACUAUAGCUCAGGCAGACAUAUAGGUCCUCUUCUAAUCCUCUAUUCUCCCUCCAGAUCAGUACUCCAAAAUACUAGGCAUUAAAUAAAUAGCAUCUGCCCUCAUGCACAUGCUUAUAACUCCAUUUACUGGCUGGAGGAGCGCAAGGCGGCGUUAGGGGUGUGACCUACAGCCAUGGAACUUUUCUCAACUUGGUCAUUACCUGCCUUUGGUGUAGAAAGGAAAACCUCACCCUCUAAUAGUGACAUAUAAGCAAAGGUGCAGAGAGUCAGCUACCAAACCCACUCUUUAAACCGCCGGCUCAAACAGUAACUAUCCCACUAUAAAUGGAAAGUGUGGAAAGACCCCCAAGAUACCACCGUAACAAGAAAAUCUGGUGUGGUCGCAGAUGGCGAGGUGAGUGAUGUGCAGCCCCCACCACCUUCGCGCCCCCCUUCAGGAGUGCGGGUGAACAAAGCUGCUUAUGGCAGAUUCAAAGGAAACAGAUCAAGGGCUCCCAAAGCUGCUCCCCUUGGCUAACACGAUUCAGAUGCAGGAGACUUUAGAAAAUGAAAGGAUUAAGAAGUAAUAAAUAAAACAUGCGAAUUUGUCUCUUCCCUCCCCCGCCACUCCUUUGCACAGUGAAAGCCGACGGAUCCGAUUGUGUGUUGGUUUUCCUUUUGAAAUGGCUUCACAGUUGAAGCCUCCUGUCUCUUUAAGACAAUUCCUUGUUAGAUCAGGGAGAGUUUCUCUCUCUCUCUCCCCCCCCUUUUUUCUGAUGCUUGACUAUAAUUACCAGUAUGUCUGGAAUGUGGCAUAUAAAAACAUAAUAAACCUCUGUGUGGGCAGUGCUAGGAUUGCUUCUGUGACUAGGGAGUCUGCUUGGCUUCAAGGGAAAUGGUAGUGUGUUUAUGGCUUUUAUAUUUUUCACCCCCAGUCUCCAGUUUCUGCUAACUUCCUUUCAGAAAACCCCUGCUAAAUAAUAGCACUCUCUUUUUUCUCCCCCCUGCAGAAUGAAGAGAAACGGAAUCUCGCUCUGGGAGGCCAUGUUGGAUUUGACAGUCUUCCUGAUCAGCUUGUCAGCAAAUCUGUAGCGCAAGGCUUCAGCUUCAACAUCCUCUGUGUGGGUGAGUAAAGUGUGCACUGCAAACGAGAAAAGCACUUGGACAAAAACAACACGUAGAAGAAACCAACUUGUUAGAAGCCUGGGAGAGCCGGUCGCUUAGUGGAAGAACACCUGCUCUGUAUACACACAAGGUCCCAGGCUCAAUCCCUGGUGUCUCCAGUUAAAAGGGCCAGGAGAGAUCUCAGCCUAAGAUCUUGCCUCAUCUGCUCUGACAGUAGCUCUCCUAGGCUAGAUGGACAAAGAAUUUGACCUGGUGUGAGGUAGCUUCUUGUGUUUUUCAGGCACUGUUUUCAAACCACAGCCUUCUGCCCAUGGUGGCAGGUGCCCAUUGGGACUGGACUGGUGAGGUUGAAAGCAGGGAGCCCUAGCAGUAGGUGGAGUCAGAGCCAAUGACAGCUACCCUCCUUCCUGGUCUGGUCAUAAGUAAGAAGGCAGGCAGGCAGGGGCUGAAUGAGGGCAUUCCCCAUUGCCUUAAUAGAGCAGUCCCAACACCUUAUACCAUGGCUGAUGUGCAGAGCUGAAUCUCCCAAAUUUGAGAUGUAAUGUAUUUUGUUGAGGCAAGGCUAAAACUACUAUAGUGGUACCUCGGGUUACAUACGCUUCAGGUUACAUAUGCUUCAGGUUACAGACUCCACUAACCCAGAAAUAUUACCUCGGGUUAAGAACUUUGCUUCAGGACGAGAACAGAAAUCAUGCAGCGGAGGCGCUGUGGUAGCAGGAGGCCCCAUUAGCUAAAGUGGUGCUUCAGGUUAAGAACAGUUUCAGGUUAAGAACAGACCUCCAGGACCAAUUAAGUUCUUAACCCGAAGUACCACUGUAAUAGGAUUUCAACACCAUUCACCCUUUUUUUCUUUUUAGUGGGGUAAGGGCUUUGCUUGCUUUCUAUAUGACUGAGUUUCAUGUGAUAUUGAAGAAGGCCAUGACUUAUACAUUGCUUUCACAACUGUGAAAAAGUCACAUUAAGAAGCUGGAUUUUCAGGUAGCUUGCAUUUCUAAUGGCUGGACCUGCUCCUACGAGAUUCAACCAUUGGUUAGAAUAAAACUCAGUGAAUACAGGAUUGGGUAGCUUGCACCAUAUGUUGUUGCUGAAGCUGCUGGCUUGCUUGCUUACUUGCCUUCUCCUCCAUAGUCUGAUAGAGUUGUCUCCCCUAUCUUAUGACUUUCACAGGGAGCAUUAAAGUUACGGUGGUUAGAUUGGAAUCGGAUUGGAAUAAUUUGCUUCUGGCAAUGAUAAUUGGGGCCUUUGAUCUUUGUUUUAAUUUUUGAAACAUGCAUAUGAUUGCUGGGGAACAGGUUUUGGUCUCCAGAAGGCGACCUACAAGGCCAAAUUCUUGCUUUUCUUUUUGCAGAUUUAGCUGCAGCAAAAAUUCCAUAAAUGCUUAUUGUGUUAAUUAUAAUUUUUCCCAGUCCAAUCUGGCGAGUAUUGGAAAAUACUUUUAAAUACAUUGUUCUAUGUGCUCAUGGUUUCUGCUUAGUAAAAUAGCUCAGGAGAGAAUUUAAUAUACUCCAGGUCUCUACUGAGAGCUAUAGGUAUGUACAAAAACUUCUAUGUGAUUUUGUCACACUCAUUGGUAUGUUUCCCCUUUCCCUUAUUUUUCACAUCACAUCUUUUUAAUCAGCUAAGUUAUUUAACCAGGGAAGCAUCAUUUAUUUUCUGUACUAGAACAAAUGGGGAGCAAAUUAUCGUAAUUGUGGUGGGACUUAAAGAAACAGAGCGAUGGAAUUGGGAUAUUUUUAUCCUUAUUAUUGGAACAACCUGUAGUUUUAAAGGUUGUUCAGACCUCCAAGGCCUGCUUUUCUGAGCCUGCAGCUGGAUGGUAUUUGGAUAUGUGCUUUCAGAAAAGAAGAGUUUGACCUUGAUUUUAAGGAAACCCCCAAUAAUGCUGAAUUCCUUUCUCUGUUCUCCAUUCACCUCAGAUUAAUGUAACAAAAUAAAGAUGAUCAACAUUGAUUCUGACAGGAAGACUAAGCAUAUACUGUAGUUGCGUAGGCAGCAGUAUGGGCAAGCAGGAAGGAUUAAGGUUAAAGGCCAUAAAUCAAAAGAAAUAUAUAAAGACCCUUUCUGUGGCUUGGAAUGUCUUGAUAGAAUCUCGGUUACUAAUGGGACUGGGCCAGCCUCAAAAGCUUUCUGUUAACUCAUGUUUCAAAAUAUACCCACACUUCAGUGCCUCUCUGACAAAACAGCUCCACUAUUUCACAAGCUUGGGUAGCCGCCAGCCAUAGCCAGGAGCAAGUAUUCCCUGAUUCACUUCCCAUUUGCUCUGCCAGCUCUCCUUGCAACAUGUCCUUGCAUCAUACACCAGCCCAGGGGUUUCUGGUGCUCUGCCAUCUGUCAAAUAUCCAGACUAGAUUGAAAUUAUUACACUAUUCCACACUGAUUCAUGAUCUCUCAAGGGGAGUUUGCCCAUAAUUAGAACAUUGGAAGUUUCCUAUAGGGUUGCGGAGAGAUCGUGUUGACAUUCUGUAAACCUUUCCCUUAUUAGUCUUCACAUCUCGCUGCUCUUUUCAGUUUUAUGUCUGGAAAAGCAAUGCUAGCCCGUGGCUGCUUAGCAGCACAGAGGAUCGAACUUAAAAGAAAGUGGCAUGUUUAUAGAAAGAAUAUUGCCUCAUGCUAUUAAUACUGCCUUUUGCUCCUAAAACAAAGGAAGUGGGUGGGAGGUGGGAGACACCAUCUGUGUUUUAACAGAGAUUGAGGAGUUGCACAUACUGAAGGUUUGUUUUGUUUGUUAGAAGCCUUUGGGGAGAAAGCUGUAGACAAAUCAAAGGGUCUUUAUUGCGAACUCCCUGAAAUCCAUUUGUUCUGAAAUCAUGAGAAAUAUUUAGCGGGGAAAAAGACAAUGAUGCAUCUCCUUAUUUCUGGAAUUUCUCAGGUGAAACUGGUAUUGGGAAGUCAACGUUGAUGAACACUCUCUUCAAUACAACAUUUGAGACUGAAGAAGCCAGUCACUAUGAGCACGCUGUUCGCUUGCGGCCACGGACUUAUGACCUGCAGGAAAGCAACGUCCACCUGAAAUUAACCAUUGUAGAUGCUGUGGGGUUUGGGGAUCAGAUCAAUAAAGAUGAAAGGCAAGUCACUUUCCGCUUUGGUGCAGAAAAGUCUGCAGUGCUUUGACGUGUAAAGGAAUGUCUUGGGAAUAAGCUGGGCCUCACAUGAGAGUGGCCAUGCAUAAUGUGAUCAGCUGCUUUGGGCGGCCUUCGCCAACCUGGUUCCCUCAAGAUGUUUUGGACUACAACUCCCAUCAACCUCAGCCAGCACAGUCAUUUUGGACUGCAACUCCUAUUACUGGCUGGGGCCAAUGGGAGUUGCAGCCCACAACAUCUGAAGGGCACCAGGUUAGCAAUGGGCAGCUUAGGACACAAUGAUUUACUAAGCUUAUCCCAUUCACAGUUGGGCUUGGUGGGACAUUAUGUACUGGCCUUUGGACAUACUGGCUGUAUUGAUUAUUGAUUACUCAACUCGGUGGGUUACACCUAGGUUGAUGCUUGAGGUGCUGUUCCUCCCUUCCAUUAACUGCUUCUGUCUAUCCUCCCAUUGCUCUAAACAGUAAGCUAAUUGGUUCUUAAGUUUUGCCCUGACUCAUUUGCAAAAUGGCGGCUUAUGUGCCUCCUCCAGCGUGAGGGAAAUAACAAUUUGGAGGAAGGAAUCCUAGGUCCAUAAUGGCACUGAGCAUCAACAGGAGAGGGCCUUUCAGUCAUGCUUGUGGGCUUCCCAGAAGCAUCUGGUUGUUCACUGUGGGAAACAGGAUGCUGAACUAGACGGACCUUUUAACCUGCUCCAACAGGGCUGCUCUUCUCUUCUUGGGCAGAUGAUAAACAAUCAGUGCUUUCUCUGUUCCUUUGUGACCCUAUCACUUUGCAUGUAGCCCCCACCCUUCUCUGGCUUCCAUUCUUAGAAACAAGUAGCUGAGGACAGUUGAUGUCUGAGUAAAAGAUGCAUAAUGUAAUGCAGACUUGGACCCCCCUCCCAUGCUCUUUUUCUUCUCCCACACUUUUUUUUAAAAACCCCAAUAAUCCUUUUUAGGCUGUGUAACUGAAAACACUUGUUUAAAACUUCAGCGUUUUAGUUUGUAAGGAUCAAAUCUCUUACCGAUUUUUUACUUUUCAGGGUAGCUUGUGGUUUUCCUCAGCCAUGACGAAAACUAGUUGCAAAAAAUAAAUAAAUACCCACCAGUUGGGACCUUAUGGUGAAGGGUGGGUAAUGAAUUGAGUAAAGGACUCUCAAAUAUUUAUUGCAUUAUACUUUAAUUAUGUAUUUCUUAGUUUUAUUUGUAUCCUGACCUUCAUCCGGGGAGUGUGGAACAGUAUUUUAGCCUUGCAACCACUCUGUACGGUUGGUUCAUCUGACAGAUGGUGACUAACCCAACUAACUCUGUGAACUCCGUAAAUGAGCUGCCAUUAGAUGCUCACUUGACAUAUGAACAGUGUGAACAUCCUUGGUUAUAACUCAAGUGUGUAGUGAGUAACUGUGGUUUCAUGUUAUCACUUCUGCUUUAUAACAAAGUUAUCAAGUUCAGCUCAUCAGCAUAACACCCCUCCUCCCCAGAAGUGCUUUUGGCCUUAUUUCCAGUUUCACUUCUUGUGUGUGCACCACCUUCUGCCUAAUUUUAGCUUUACCUCAUGAGGUAACCUGUCAUUAGUUAGCACUAAAGGUUUUUAACAUCUCUUGCACUGAAUUAUUAUCAAAGCUUGGCAGAUGGGGGAGACUGGGCCAUUCCUUUCACAGCAUCCUUGAAAGUGCCCAGUCUUUCUUUGUUAACUUUAGCAUUCAGGUUGCUAAUGGAAUUCGUUUUUAGUUACAGGCCGAUAGUAGAUUACAUUGACACGCAGUUUGAAAACUACUUACAAGAAGAGCUCAAAAUCCGGCGUUCCCUCUUUAAUUAUCAUGAUACAAGAAUCCAUGUCUGCCUUUAUUUCAUCACUCCAACUGGUCACUCGCUGAAGUCCUUGGAUCUGGUAACCAUGAAAAAGCUGGAUAGUAAGGUAUGUGCUUUACCUCACACGUCCUACGAGCAUUGACUUUCAAUUAAGUACAAGCUUUGGUUGGCACCUUCAACCACCAAUAACUGUGUAAUUUAAUUUAUUUGCUUCAGUUUUCUGUACGCCACUUAGAGAUUGUUUUAAAAUAUUAAGAGGCAUAGAAAUGGUCUAAAUCAAUAAAUAUAAAUGUUUAUUCACUUCUUCUGCCAAGGAGGUAAAAGACUCCCUGUUCUCAGCAGUUGCCUUAGACACUAUCCUUCCCACUUCAUUACACUCAUUCUAGGCCACUUCAGCGUUAUAAAAUUUGUUGUUGUGAAUGUCUCUCUUUGAGCAAUCCAGAGUGCAUCAACAGUGCUGAGAUAUGCAUGGAUUGGGGAAAUAGGUUAGGGGAAGGAAAUCCUGUAGGCUUAUGGAAUUUAUGUAUCACUGUUCUGAUUAAAGUAAGACAGCCCUGACUAUUGCGUGUGGGAAACAACUUAACAGAAGUUAUAAGAAGAUGGUCAACGCCGUAAAUCAGUUUGUGUUAACGGCAGUUGUUCUGAUGCAGUAGUCAUUGGGAUGCAUUGUUCUGGUGAGUUCAAUAAGGCAGCAACCAUUUGUGGCUGUAGCCAGAUGUAGACCAUCUUAGCAAUGCUGAUAAUUGCUUCCAUGCAGCAUGUGCUCAGCCAGCCAACUCUCCUCCUAGCUGAUGACUAGGUGUGUGAUGUUCAAAGUGAAGUCCAUGCUGUGAGGGGAGCUUGAGGCAGAGGGCAAAGGUCAUUCACGUGAAAGGAUUCAUGUUCAAAACAAAAAAGUUCACAUUUUUAUUGGGUGACCUUUUUAACUUUAAGAACAUAAAACAUUUUAAAUAACCAAAUGAUAUACUUUGCUAAGGAUUAAUUGGAACACCGCAUCUGCUGAGGAAUAGAGAUGAGUCACUUAUAUAUUUCGGCUCCAUCAGCUUGAAUCCUGAGCUUCAUAUGCUGAGCUUUGCCCACUACUUUUGUGUGUUGCUGUUUGGAGGCUAUACUAUAUCCCCACCCCACCCCCCAGCAACCACUUCUGACACUGGCAGAAUCCUUAAUCCUGCAUGCAUAGAUAUUUAAUCAGAUUCAUAUGUGUAUAAUGCUCAAGUAUGCAUAUGUAAUAGAAAGAGAGAGAGAGAGAGAAUCAAUCCCAAGUAAACAUUAAGGUCUGGUUGAUAGCUCCAGUUUAGUCUUUGUUGGCAUAUGAAGUGAGUAUUUAAGAUAUCGAGAUCUCAAAGCAUGGGGCUGACAAUAAAAUAGUAGAAAUAACAAGUAGAAAGACAAGUGGCUAACUAGGAUUGUGUGCUUCCAUUGCAGAACUUUGUCAUGUUUUGCUCUCUUUCAUUACAGCUCACAGGAAGUUCUUUACAGGGGCAUAAAUAUUAAUAUAAUAAUAAACAGUACAUUUCUGGUGGCCAGAGAGGUAUCCUAAUUUUUCAGAAUGGAGUGCCUUGGUAAAGAAAAUGUUAUGAUUAAGUGUAGUCUGAACCUCAGAACCCAGGUCUGUGGGAUACGUAGGAAAUAAUGCUCUCAAUUUCCAACUUGCUCUUUGUCCCUUUCCGAGAGCUGCUCCUGAUUCAGAUGUGGCUUGGAUACUACAUUGGCUUGAGAUCAAACAUCUGCUUAGCAAAGAUGUAGGCAUCUGAACUGGCUAUGCAUUGAUGGGGAGGGGGGCAGCUGUUCAACAACUCUGCAAUGUCAGCAUGGUGAUGUCAGACACUGGGUAGACUGUCUGGGUUUCCUGUGAUAUUAAUGUAUCUGGUUCAUCCAAAUGACUUCACCAGGCUUUUCCAGGGUGGAGGAUCAUUCUCCGCAGUUCUCUCUCCCAUCAUGCACUGGGGUGCUGCUGAAGUCAUAACCAAAGGAUCUGUUGCCUACUUUAUCUGAUUACUUCCAGACAGCCAAAAAUGGUCUUCAAAGCUGAAUUACUACAUUAAAUAAUAGAUGGCUGAGAUUGCACCAUGUCUAGCCGUUCAUAUCUUGACACUCACAAGUUAAAAGUAUCCAACCCUAUCUCAUUUACCACUUUAUCUUAACUCAGCAUACAUUUUGGCGCAGUAAAGUACAGCUCUGUUUUGGAAAACCACCUGUUUCUAAAAGGGCUUUUAUGAUACAUGUAUGUUUUAUUAUGUUGGCUUCGAUUUUUAGCAUGCUGGUGUUGCAUAUCUUUAAUCUCAUUCCAUGCUUGCUCUUUCCUUGUGGUGGCUUCACCUGAUAAUUCAGAAGAGAGAUUCUGGCUAUGUUUCCAGCUCUGGAAAUGGAAUUGGGAGUGAAGGUCAAGAAGAUGCAAUUUUGGAUGCAGUUUUGCGAGGACAGAUUGAUUACCUGUGGGGAUAUUUUAAGAGAAAUCCCAAGAUAAUGAAAAGUUGUCCAGCUUGCUCUAUAAUUCACAAUAUAGUGAUGGGAGAUGGUGGCUGGGCUCCAAAGAACUGAGUGGGCUUGUACAAUUGGCUUGGGUCAGCCAAGUGGCAUAUUUUACUCUUUUCAGCAGCUGACUCUCAAGCUAGAUCACAAACUGCUUUUACAACUCUUUAUUUUCCAAAGCAGUUUGCACUGAAGGUGUGAGGGAAGCUGCUGUUUAAGGAAAAACAAGCCUAAAGCCUCCUUUGGGUGAACAGACUAGUUUUGCAGUUAUUUUAAUCCAGGCCAGCACUGACAACUGUGUCUUCUUGAUGACCCUGACAGUGCUUUGUUGCAGCAAAAGAGCAGUAAGCCAUGCACCUGCCAAUUCAUUGCAAAUAGAAUUUGUGGGAAUUUUGUUCUGUAGGCAGACAUGGAAAAGCCAUUGUCACUCAAGUACCUGUGUGUUGGUGGGCCACCAGGUAUUCAACUUUAAGCUCAAUUUCCCUGAAGUUGCCUGGCUUGCUUUUUCAUGCUGAUUUUUUAGAGCGUGCUUCUCUGUUCUUUUUGGAACACAUCCAUGCUCCCCCCCCCCCCAAUAAAUUCACCUUUUUAAAAAAUCAGCACCUCUGCAUUUCUUCAAGCUAAUUGCUGGAAUCAGUGAAUGCAUGGUUUAGCAAUUAGGUUUAAGAAAUAACAACAUUUUAAUUGGCUGCCAGUUGCUUAUAAAUUCCAUUUGUUCACAACGCCUGCCAGGAAAUUAAAGCAAGGGGAGGCUUAGAUCUAAAGCACAACAUGCUCUUUUCCAACAGUAGCAUCCAAUACCUACAACCUGUGUAAAGUCUUACCUGAGGCAGGGAGCUCCCAGAGUUGCACCCAAGAGGUUCAAGGGGCUGCCAUGGAAUGGAAGUAUUAUUCACACACAUUGUGUCUUUUCUGUUCGUAUGGAGGGGGUUAUGAAUCCUGGCCAAAAUCUCUCUUCAUUUGCCUCUUGAAAGCAAACUACUGUUAUCAGACAGGAUUAGAGCAGAUCAAAGUAGAUCUCUGCUUUACUUUAUACCCAUGGUACAGUCUUGUUCAUCCAGAUGUUUUGGACUACAACUCCAAGCUAGCUGACUUACUGCAAGGCCUCAGAAAAAAAUAUAUUUUUGUGAUAGAAAGUCAAUUUUUUGACACUGGUUAGAUUUAAUUGUGUCAGAUUGACUUCACUCAGAAUAGUUCUUUUUUUCCUCUUGCUUUACUUUGAAAGCCCUAAUCAUACUACAGUGGACACUUGCGUUGCAGACGUGAUCCGUGCAGGAUGCACGUUCACAACCCACAACUGUGCAUCUGCACACGUGCGGGUUGCGAUUUGGUGCUUCUGCGCAUGCACAAAGCGUGAUUUAGCGCUUCUGUGCAUGCGCAACCAACGAAACCCAGAAGUAACGCGUUCUGGUACUUCCGGAUUUUGGCAGUCCGAAACCCGAAAAAACACAACCUGAAGCGUCUGUAACCUGAGGUAUGACUGUGCAUACAUUAAUAUACUUGGAAGAAUAAUGUAAAUUUCCUUGGAUAUCUGAAUGCAAGAGAAUACAUUGUGGCUGAGGGUGGCUAAAUACUCCAUGCCUGAGUGGUAACACUUACUAGUUCAACUGUUUGAUUUGACAGACUUGCAUUCACAAUGCUAAGCAACAUUCUGCUCUUAGCUGGUGCUCCAGACAGCUUGUAUUCAGCUAGCUUUUACUCAAGAGUAGACCUAUUGAAAUUAAUGAACAGGGCUAACUUAAUUAAUUUCAACUAUACACACUACUAGGAGGUUUUGAAAUGGGUGGAUUGGUGGCAACGGGAUAUUAAAGAAGAGCGGAGACCUAAUUUAAUGUGCUUAUACAAAUGAAGCUGGGGGAGCCUAGUAUCCCUAACACAGUGCAAUUAAUGACAGGCCUCCAAAACUCUUUGGGGGGGGGAAAUACUUCCAUUGGUUUUAUUUCUUUUGCAGGUGAACAUUAUCCCUAUAAUUGCCAAAGCUGACACCAUUUCCAAGAGCGAGUUGCACAAGUUUAAGAUUAAGAUCAUGAGCGAACUGGUUAGCAAUGGAGUCCAGAUCUAUCAGUUCCCCACGGAUGAUGAUGCUGUGGCUGAGAUUAACUCUGUGAUGAAUGUGAGUAAUGUGCUUACCACAACAAGUUUUUAUAGUUUUGUAUUGAUAGCAGUGACGUAUCAAAACUGAAGAUUGUGUGAACUGGUAGACUCAGUUUGUAGUGGUGCUUUGGUGCUAUUAGUCCCAUUUCUCAGUGGAGCACUCCUUGUUGUAUAAGGAAACAGUGGGAUCUUUAGUUGGGUUGGCUUUUGCGACGGCGCAACGGCCCUUUUCCCCCUGGUGCCGUUGGGGCAUACUCACUUAAAAAUAGAGUGCGCCUACCUCACAGAACACCACUUCCACGAAUUCCCUCAAACUACCCCAGAUUAUCUUGUGGGGGACUUGCGUGAGGUAAAACUUAAUAAUUAGGAGUCUCAGGCAGGAUUUGUUCAAAUAAACAAUAACGAUUUUAUUUAACAAGGAAGUUUAUGACACAAGUGGAUAAAACUUAGGAUACUUCAGUUUACAAUGUUAUUUCACUUCAAGGUUUUCUCAGUUGUUUCACACUUAAUACUUUGGUUCUUAACUUAAUACUUUGGUUCUUAACAAGGUGGUACUUUCUGUUAGUUACACACCCCCUAGACAACCCUACUCCUGAGGUACUCCAAGUAAUAGACCCAAGGUUUCACUGGUUUGGGAGUCUUCUCUUACUAGAAGACUCUCUCCCCUCCUGACUGGAAUGAGACCUAAGUAUAUUGUCUCUUUACAGCCUCUACUUUUCCUGUCUCAGCCUCCCAGUUAAUUCCUGGCCUAAUUACUCUUACAGGACACCACACACUGUCCUUCACACUAAGCUCAGAGACUCCUUUCUCUAGCUUGUGAUAUUUUCCUCAGAGUGGAUGCUUCUAUCCAGAACCAACUCUCACUCCCUCUCUUCCUGCCUAUCCUCCCACUCUCAAUCCCAACCUACUCCAAAACCUCCUCCCUCUCUCCAAAUCCUCUCCUUUUCAAUUCCCUACCCUGAACAGCCAAUCAGAGGCUGUCAUACAUUAACCCUUUUUUGGCAUGGGGAAAAGAAAAAGAAAAUACUUGGGGACCCAACCAGCCCUAGCAAAAACAAACUUUUCUGUCGCAGCUAUCAUCAUAUACAAUAAAUACUCAUGGGUAUUACCAAAAUUACUUAGUACUUUCCCAAAAAAUAGAAUGCUGAAAUGUGGUACACAAAUAGUCCUACACAAUCCAAUUACCUGAACUGGACACUCUUUUUAAAAUGCCUCUUUCUUAAGCUUGCACUAUGGUCAACUUCAUAACAGCAAACAGUGCCAGACAGAGUAGAGAUAUGGAACAUCCCUUUCACACUCAUUUUUGGAAUGGGGAGUGAAUUUGCAAUGCUAUCUUCUAAACAUACUGUGGAUGUGACAGGCUCUACAAGUUGCCUCUUCCCAUACCUGAAUAAGCUGUGGAUUGUGGAAGCUGAGUGAGUAGGAAUACCAGACAUCCAGAGUACUUUCCUUCUUUCUUUCUUUCUUUCUUUCUUUCUUUCUUUCUUUCACCUUGAGUUGUGUCCAUAUAAAGACCCUGUUGGGUGGAUCAAUCUCAGAUAUAAGAAGUCAUUGAGGCAAAACCUGUUGCUUGGUCAGUAGCUUGCCUACAGUUAUUUAAUAGUUGUGAUUCACCCCAUGAGUCCCAUCUGUGGAAGCCCUGAGCAAGCAACGUGAUAGUAUACAUCUGAGCAAUGAAGAGUCAGGUGGGAUAUGGGAUAUAUAAUCUACCCAAAAGCAUUCCUUUUGGCAAAGGUUGUUCAUGGAGAAAGUCAUUGUGUGAAAUCUUCAGUUCUUGGUUUAUAGUUGAAAAUGCUAGGUCCCCCCCCUCCCUUUGUCUUGUUUUAGUGUAACAGCAGAAGAUUUUUCAGAAUAAGUUUCUUUCUGCUGUCAGCAAAAAUGCCAAUACCACAGAUGUGGGAAAUGUGAUUCUGUGCUAUGAGGAGUUGAACUGAGGCUGAGGGCGCAAAUGACAUUUUAUAUUUUGCACUGAAUUCCAUGGUUAUGUGUCAUUUUAGGCUCAUCUGCCGUUUGCUGUUGUAGGAAGCACAGAAGAGGUAAAGGUUGGAAAUAAAAUGGUGAGGGCUCGCCAAUAUCCUUGGGGUGUGGUACAAGGUAAGUCGGAAGCCAAGCCUCUUGACAGUGUUGUGUAAACUUUCCUUGAUUGUUUCCUGCUCUUGUAGCUGUAUGGGCUGUAGUCAUCAUUAUUCGUCCUCGGAGUAAACCCAUUGAAAUGAAGGGACAUGACUAAUGGACCAUUAAUUCCAAUAGACCUACCCAGAGUAUGACUAGCCCAAUGGGUUUACUAAUGUUCAAUUUUAUGCCAAAGUCAGCUUGCCCUCAGCUCCAGGGAAUGUCACAGUUCUGUUUCCUAUAAAAGUCUUUCAUAAGGAACAUUCCUAUCAUGUCACCUUUAGAUGACAAUUAGGGUUUUUUUCCUAAUUGUGCUUGGCACCAUCUAAUUUUUAGCACCUGGCAGUUUAUUUUGAUGGCUGUUCUCUGUUUUCAUUACUAGGCUGGUAUUUUAUUGUGUCAUUAUACAUGUUUUUAUUUUUACUGAUUAUUUGUCAGUUGCAGUAUCUGUGGAAAUGUUCCCGGGGGGGACGGGACUUUAAAAGCACACACUAAAAAUAUGCAUGCUGAUCUGGCAAGGCUCUGUGGUGUUUUAUUUUACAUUUGUUUUUGUAAGCUGAUUUUCCAACAACAAAGUUGAGCUGAAAGUGGUUCCCAAAGAUAGCAAAGCGCAUUAAAAACGGAUGCUGUUGCUAUUUUUUCAUUUAUUAAUUGCUUCCUAUGAAGAAUCCCAAAGUGAUUUUACAAUACAAUUAAUACAUUUAUAAAACAAUUGCAUACAUACAUUAAAAAUAAAAUACAUAUAAAUACAAAAACAAUUAAACAAUACUUCAGGUGAUCUAUUAAUAUAAAUCAAAAGCAGAUGGUAAUAAUGCAAUAAAUACAUCUAUACACAAUUAAAAUACAGUUGAAUACAAGGAUACAAAAACACCCUCAUGGUCGCCACAAAUUCAUGCUAUAUACUCACUAAGCUGCACCAUGGUUCAAGGCUUUGAAGCAUGGUGGCACCAGUAGUUUUAGGAGACUGUUCCUGAUUAAAUUAUACAGGCACCUAAAAUUCUGGUGUUUAUCUGUUAAAAACAUUUUUGUUUCAUCAGGUAUUUUUAGAAAAUUUAUUCAGUUCAUUGUUGGUUCUGUAUUUUUUAUUUUAUGAUGUUUUGAUGAUUUUAUAUUACAUUUUUGGUGUGUAUCACCACAAUAUUUUCGAUAGAAGCUAGUGGUAUAUAAAUACCAUAAUAAAGAAAUGAAAAACAUUUUUUAAAAAAACCAGUUUCACUCAAAUAAGUACCAGACACAAUCAUUUCCUGCUUCCAAAUAAACAAGCCUAAAAAAAAAAUCACCAUAACAAUAAUAUGGAUGAUAUCCUGCAUUCCAUAUUUAUUUAUACAGAGGCAGCAAUCUGAAAUGCAAUUGCUAGAGAGUAAGCCCCUUUUGUACCCAAGGGUGACCUCUGAGUAAAUUUGCAUAGUAUUUAGUUACAAGGUUUGCUGAUUGGACGGCACAAAGCUGUCCUUCUCUUAACGGAGGAAACACUCCUUCAGUUCUGCUUAGAAUGUUACACCAAUAAAGGAAACCCCAGGAUUUUGAGUCAAGUUGGUGUGUAUAAAGCAUGGGUAGGCAAACUAUGACCCGAGGGCCGGAUCCAGCCCAAUGGCCUUCUAAAUCCGGUCUAGGAAUCAGCGUGUUUUUGCAUGAGUAGAAUGUGUCCUUUUAUUUAAAAUGCAUCUCUGGGUUAUUUGUGGGGCAUAGGAAUUUGUUCAUUCCCCCCCCCCCCAAAUAUAGUCUGCCCCCCCACAAGGUCUGAGGGCCAAUGGACCGGCCCCCUGCUGAAAAAGUUUGCUGAUCCCUGGUAUAAACCAUCCAUUUUUUCACAAUGGCUAUGCUCCUUCUCUUCAUUUGCUCAGUUGAGAAUGAAAGCCACUGUGACUUUGUAAAGCUGCGAGAGAUGCUGAUCCGUGUCAACAUGGAAGAUCUGCGGGAGCAAACUCACACUCGCCACUACGAGCUUUACAGGCGGUGUAAGCUAGAAGAAAUGGGCUUCAAAGAUACUGAUCCUGACAGCCAGCCAUUCAGGUGAGAGAGCAUCCUCUCCAUUCUUGCUUUCCACUGGAAUACCUGUACAGGUGUGUGAAGGCUGCAAGUUCUGUCAGAAUCUGGGGCACUCUUGUAAGCAGGAUGACAGUAAUGUGUCAUGUCCUUAAUGCCUCACCGCCUCCCUCUUUGACACAUGCAUGCGCAGCACAUGUACAUAGGUGUAGCUUUAUAGCUGCUUAUUGUCUUCCGUUGUUUUUCAGCACCUUUUAAUGUCUAAGUGAUUUGAGGUUUGUGUCUUUUGUGUCUUAACCAGCCUUCAGGAAACCUAUGAGACCAAGAGAAAAGAAUUCCUCUGUGAGUUGCAGAAGAAAGAGGAAGAAAUGAGGCAAAUGUUUGUGAACAAGGUCAAGGAAACAGAGUUGGAACUGAAAGAAAAGGAGAGAGAAGUGAGUGUCAGAGAAUGGAAUCUGGGCCACAGAGUCAUAUGGCCAAACGUAAUAGGGUGUGUGGGUGUGUGUAUUCCUAUGACACUACAAUUAUAAUAUUCCAACACUGAGAAGCAAAGAAAAUGAGAACUACCUUGCUGGAUCCAACAGAGGCCUGUCAAAUCCAGCAUUCUGUCUCCAUUGAUAUGAGCAGCCGGAUCCUUCUAGGAGCAUUAUAGGGACAUUCAUCCUGUGGGGAAUGCAUUAGAGGGUUAGGAUUGCUCCCUAAUUUGUUUAAUCCAUUUUUAAAGGCUAUCUAAUCUAUUGCUCUUGACCAUACCUUGCAGUAGUAUAUUCCUUUAUUCUUGUGUGUGAGAAACUUCAAAUUCAUUUCAUAGGCUGGCUCCAACUUAGGAAUUUUUAUUUGAUAUGAAAGCUGUGGGGGAAAGUCUUACAACUUCUGAAUUUUUGUGUCUGAAUUUAUUAAGAUCUACUCCAGGGCUUUCAGUAUCUAAAACCUAGAUGAAACAAUCCCAAAAUGACUGCAUCAAUGUCAUACCUCCAGCAUUAUCUUACCCUAGCUAUGAGCUGCUUCAUUUUUUGUAAAAGAAACCUUUCAACUACAGUGGUACCUCCUGUUAUGUACCGUCCCCCUUACAAAUGCUGCGGGUUACAUGCUCCACUUACCCGGAAGUAGAUGCCCCCUGUUGCGACCUUUGCAAGUGGAAGUUGCGCUCUGGCAGUGCAGCAGCAGUGGGAGGCGCCAUUAGAGAAAGCACGCCUCAUGUUAUGAGCAGUUUGCUGUUACGAACGGAUCUCCAGAACGGAUUAAGUACGUAACAUGAGGUACCACUGUAAUCAUGAAGGCAUGUUGCUAUCCUUCAGGAGCACAAGGGGCUAAUCUGACACAUGAAGGUCAGGCAAGUGGGUGUCAAAUAAUUGUAAACCUUUGUUCUUCAGCUGGAACUAAGGGCCGGGCCACAUAUUAAUGGAGUGGAGGAAUUGCUGUUUUCACUAUAGCGGUCGCUCCACUUAUGUCUGUGGAAAGAACCCGUACAAAUCAGACAGAAUUAGUCCAUCCCACAUGGAUCCAUUACGUGGAUGUUAAUCAGAGCAGCGCUGGAUCCAGAAGGGACACCUGUGUUUCUCAUUAGGGUUUAACUCUGCCCUCUGUGGUGACCUAUAGGACACACUUGCUUGGAUGGUAGUGCCUUGCUAUAGGUCAGGAUUGGGCUCUACUUCCUGACAGUGGAGGCAGCACUGACUGGGUUUUUUCCUUCCCUCCUUUGGCCAGCUGCAUGAGAAGUUUGAACAUCUAAAAAGAAUGCAUCAGGAAGAGAAGAGGAAAGUGGAGGAGAAGAGAAGAGAGCUGGAGGAGGAGAUGAACGCCUUCAACAGGAGGAAAGUGGCAGUUGAAACCCUGCAGUGUCAGUCUCUGCAAGCCACUUCACAGCAGCCGCUGAAGAAGGACAAAGACAAGAAAAAGUAAGCAGUUUGACAUGAACUUCACUUUGUUUCCAUCCUUUCCCAAGACAUUCACACCCAAGUCAAGUCAUCUAAAAAUAUUGCAACAGAUGAGUUAUUAUUAUUAUUUUUUAAAGUGGUGGGAAGGAAUGAGGAGGGGCUCAAGAAGUGGUUUAGACAAUUUCCAGAAUUAUAAAGAAGCCCCAAUUUCCCAUUCUAACAGAAUAAGCCAAGGAAAUGUAUAAAUUUUAGCCAUAGUUUCGCAACCAUACCAAAGAUUUAAGGAGGGAAAAGACCUCCAUCUUAGACUAAGGAAGAUUGAUCCAGUAAAUGCCUCUUCUGGCCCCAGGAUAGUCUUGUCACUUUUUCUUGAAGUGCAUUAGCAAUGAAAACAAACAUAAAACAAUUUCAUACAAAAACAAGUUCAUACACACACACACAUCUAUGCACACAUAUACACACAACUAGUAUUAAUUCUUUGUCUACUGGCCACCAUGAAAGGGAAAUAAGAGAGUUCUGUAUAAAUAGAUCAGUAUUGUUUUAUGUAGUGUUGACAUUAAGCAUCCCCAACAGGGAUUCUUGUUCCAUGGGAUCUUGAAAUGCAGUUGAUUUCACUUUUGGUUAGAGUAGGUUCUGUUCUCCAUGUAGGUCUACUCAUUAUAGUGGACAAAUUCAGUGUUCAGGCUGCAUCUUGUGUUAUACCUCCACAUGAACUUGUGCAGUUGCCUUGAUACAGAGUCAGACCAUUAGCCAAUCCAGCCCAUUACGCUGAGAAGCAGUGGCUGCCCAGAGUCUCAGGCAGAGAUCUUUCCUACACUGCUGUGUGAGAUCCUGCUAACUGGAGAUCUUACAGAUAAAACUGGGAACCUUCCCUCAGGCAAAGCGUAUUCUGUACCACUGAGUCAUGUUUCAUCCCUCCAGGUAAACUGGUACAUGGGACCCUAGCAAUUACCUUGUUGGAGCAGAUCAAAGGUCUUCUAGUCAAACAGGGGCCAGCCAUGUCUCUGGGAAGUCUAGGAAAGAGGAUAUUGUGGAGAUACCACUUUUGAUCUUUGUCUCCAGUGUUUUGAUCUUUGUCUCCAGUGUUAACUGGCAGACUAAAACAGGACUUCCAUAUUCAAAAUAUAUUUGUUGGCUCUCAUUGUAAAGCUGUCUAAACCAGUGACCACACUGCAUCUUGUGAUACUUAAUUCCACAAACGAGUUUUCAAUAUCCGAAUAAGCACAUUUUUGUUUUGAAUCAGCUGCUAAAAGUGUUUCUCCGAUGUACUCUUCCGGCAGGUUAUCACCUCUUUAUAGCUGCUACUCGUAGUUGAGCCAGCUGCAGUACAAAAUGGGGAUAAACAGGGAUAAAAACCAUACUACUACUUUGCUACACCUGGUAUUUUAUACUUAUUAAAAUAUUGAAGUUCAUGGAGGUCCAAGCCUUGUUUUUGGUAACCAUGCAUCAUAAUGAUAAUGAAGGUGAGAAUACAAGGCAAGGAUUAGCUCAGUUCAAGUUUUAAUUUAAGUACAGUUUCCUGCUACCUUGUGAGAUUGUUUGAAGACAAUGAAAUCCCUCCACUGCAAAUUAAUAAUUUUCCUGCUUAGAAUGUACUGAAACUUCUGUGGCAUAUUUAUUGUUCUUCUUCUUGCUAAUACUUCUUUCUCUUGCUAAUACUAUGGAGGACGCCUGCCUCUCAUCUUUAGCAUCUCUUCUACUUGAUCUAGGAUCCAAGAGCUAUAGCUUGUUUUAUGAGAUAUACUCUGAUUCACGUCCGACGGUUUUCAGUGAUCUGCUGUAACGCAGUCUUUGCUUCAAAGUAUUGCCAUGUGUGAUACGGUUGCAUGUCCAGCCUUUGAGAUUAAAGGUGCCCUUUACUUAAAAAGGCGAGGAUAAUGCUGAAACGUCUUCCUCAACCUACGCUUGCCUAUGAAUACUUGCCAGCAUUCAUAUGCAUAGCUAGCCAACCAGCUGCAGAAGUUAUGCGUAUCUUCUCCUUCUGGUCCAUUCAAGGACUUGUACGACAGUUUUGAUGCUUUGUUAAUGCUAGAGAAUGUAACAUGCAUUCUAGUCUCUGCUGUGGUCUGUACCCUCCCCAGACCUCUGCCCCUGGUUUUUCUACCCUCAGUUCAGUCAGAGGCAACUCACCUGUUCAGGUAUUCAGAACCACAAAGCAAUAAGCCUGUGAGGGAAGAGAGCAGGACUGUCACACUGUGCUGGUUCCUCCUGCCCCACACCGCCACCACUUCCCAAUGCUGUCUGUGCAUGUUUGCUGAAGGUUCUGGCUCACAGGGAAAGCCCACGUGUCCAUCAGGCAUUGCAGACAUUCCCCCAACACAGAGACAGAAUUGGAGAGAGGCUAGCAUGGAUGUGGAGGCAGGGCAAGGGUGCACAGUCCUAUUUUUCUUUGUCGUGCAAUUAUAGUCAUGGUUGUGAAGGCCUUUGUAGACCUGAAGUUGCUUAGCACAUACGUUGAUAUCCUCAUUCUGUUGUUAGAGGUCAGGGUCCCAGACGAUGCUCAGCUGAUGCUAGCUGCCAACUUUUCCAGAUUCUUAUUCUCAAGAGUGGGCUCACGUGUUACCUUUGUAGCAUGAAAGCCACUUCUGCCUGGACCCAGGGCACUGCUAGAUUAGCGACAUCUGUAAAGAAGGAACUUGCGUGAGUUAGGAUUGUGGUAGGGAUCCUUCUUUCCUACUGUUGUCAGGAAGUGGUGGUGACAUCACUCUACCAUGUGAAUGAAUCCUCCAAUGAUAAUAUUGUGAGGGAUGUCAAAUAGCCCGCCUUGGAUCCGUGAUCUCUGUUAGUUGCUUAUUACUGCCCAGAUACAAUGCAGCUUGGGCCCUAGGAGUAAUAAUGCAGGUUUUAUAAGAGAUUUUUAAUGAUCUGUGUAAUACAAGAACUGUUGUCCUUGCAGCUACAGUGUAAAAGAGAGGAAUGGAUGACAUUCUGCAAGUGGCAUAUAGUGUACCAGAGCUGGGGAGGGUGCAAAAAAUGGUGUAGGCAAGGUUGUGGGGGGGGAGCUCACCUGAAGCAAGUUGAUGUGAACUUGACAGCCAAUGACUUUCUGAGCUAAGGUGUGUUACAAAAUUCUGGCAAGUUGCUUUGCCUCAGAAUGUUAGUAGUUUUGCAUUAACUAUUGAACUUCAAGGAAAGAACCUUAGUGUUUUUAUGUGAUUUAUAUUCUUUAUCUAUUUUAAAAAAAUGAUAUGAUUGUGUGACUAAGCUAUAGAACUGAUCAACAACUACAUAGUCUCAGAUGAUGUAAUAUUUGCUGUGUAAUACACAGUGCAGUCUAUUUUUUCCAUGCAUACUUACCCUAGGUAAGUGGAUGAUGACGAUUGUAAGAUAAAUUACCCAUCUCUUACUAGUAGUUCAAACUAAAACGUCUAGCACAAGUUGUAGAAAAGUUACAGAAUUGGGCUAUAAGAUUGCUGUAGGGGCUUCUGUCUCACAUACAAGUGGCUUCUUUGUUCUUUACUCAUGCUAAAUUUCAGCCUCUUGUCUUCCAUGAAUUAAGAAUGCUGGUGAUGAUUUGUGCUUAUGUUAAGCUUAAUAUGAUGUUGUAUCCUUUUGACAGAUGCCUGGUUAUCAUGAUUAGUUCUAUCUAACAUUACUAGUACUUAUUUCUUUUUAUUUUUUAAAAAAUUCAGCAGUUUUGGUGAACAGUCUAUUUAUAUUUCUGUAUGAAUCUUAUGGAGCAGCAGCGUAACUAUCCUAUUUAGCAUGAGCAAGAUGACUUACAAUAUGAUGAGCUAAAGUGAGUCACAAUAGCCUGUCUAGAACGCCAGUGUCAGCCACCGCCAAUCCAGGAUCUUGAACAGACCCCAGUCCUUCUAACAGAGAUCUUAAAAACAGAAAUGCCUGAGAUUGAACUAGAUGACUCAUAAGUUUAAAAACCUGUGGUCUGUUAUUCAGGUAAACUGAUUAAUCUUAUCUCUAGUGCAAUUAAUUAGAUUUUUUGUUUUGUCUUUUUUAAAAAGUAAGGCAAGAACGAUUUGAUUUUGAUCAUGGAGUGGUCUGGUUUACAUAGAACAUUAAACCAUGGUUUAAUGUUAUGUGGCCAAACCUUCGCAAGCCCAAGCAAAGAGUCAGACUCACUCACAUCACUUUCCUUCUUCUCCAGCCAGGAGUGUGACUUCUGCUGAGCUUAGUUUAACUUGCAAAUUAACUCAUCUUAGCAUUACAUGUGUACCAGCAAUCCUGGUUGGAAACUAGUAAUGGUUAGUGAAACAAGCCAGCUUCAUAAUCCAUAGUUUGAAGUUGGCUUGUUUAGAAACUAACCAUGGAUUGAUUUAAACCAGGAUACCGGGUUCAUAUGUAACGCUAAGCCAAUAUUUUCUGGAAUUGAAACUAAACUCAGCAGAAGUUCUAUUGGCUGCACAACAGAGGAAGGGAAGAGAAUACUUGCCUGAUGCUUUGCACUGGCUUGGGGAGGCUUCUUCACACAACACUAGACCUUGGUUUAGUGUGGCAUGUAAGUCCCAAAGGAUCACAUUGCUUUUUUGCCACUAUUGUAUAUGAUAUUGCUUUACAUUUUCAUUAUGUUUGAUUUUCUAUCGUUUAAUUUUUGCUUUUUAUGUUUUCGUUUCAGUUGAUCUCACACACAGACUUGUAUGCCAGGAGCGGACUCUGUGCAUUCAUAUGUUUUAGUUGCUUACUUUUCCACCUUGUGAAUCCUUCUGUCAUACCAUUGUGCAAGUGAAACAGCAUGAAAGAAAAACUGACCAUCUGGUGCGUUUUUCAGUGACUGGAUUGUGACUAUGCAGGAUGUUAACGUUUUUAAGAAAACAUUUGCCUUGUCUUUGCAGAUUCCCUGUGGAAAAUACUCGUAUUGCUAGUUCUGAUAUGUCAGGGGUUUAAUUUGUUUUAAACCCAAUGAAUUACUAUCUAUUUAUAAAAUGGCCCUAACUAUAUCUAAUACAUUUUUUAAAAUGCAAUCUUGAUGAAAGAGUUCCAUAUAAAAGUUUCUGUUGGGAACCUGUUUAUUUUCAUUUUUCAAAUUUAUUUUAGGUUAAAUAUCACCAAUAUUUUAUUUUUAACAAAAAUUGCAAUCUGAAUGCGUUACGAGCUUGAAGUGACACUUUAAAUUUAUUAUUUGAAGAAAGCAGUUUCUGCUUCAUAACGUGCACACUAGUGUGCAGUUUAAAUAAGACAAACAUCUUGUAUAUUGUUCUGCUAUUUAUAUUAUGUUGCUGAAGUGCAACUCCUUAUUAAACAGUAGUUCCUUUUCUUUCACUAGUGUAUGCUCCUGUCUGAGUAGAUGUUCAUCCUCAAACUUACUAUUUUUAAUAAUAAAUAAAAUAAAAUACAACUCCAUAAUCAAAAGUAGAACCUAGAAAAUUGCAGUUAAUGUUUAUAAAUCACUCUCUGCAUCCAUCUCCACUCUGGAUGCUACUUCUGCCUUUAAUGCUGCUCCCAUUUUUUAAACCUGUUGAUUUUGACUAUCCUAAAAUGACUGUAAAAACAAACAGGAUUUGGAUAUUUCAGUAGCUGGAAGGAGAUGUUCUCCUUUUUAUGGUGGCGGUGAAACAAUCAGUAAAAAUGGCUUUGCUAGAAAGAAUUCCCUGUACUUGUUGAACCGAAGGCAGCUAUCAGUUAAAGUAAUCCUGCAAACACCUAGAUGUGAAUAUUUUUAAGACAAUGUCUUUGUGCAGAUUUACAUUCUUUAGCCAAGCUCGCGCACAUGAGUUGACCAAAUCCAAAAAAGCCCCUUUAGACUCUUUAGACAAAAUUAAGAGGGCUCCUUAACAUGAUUUGCUUUUCCAAAUGUAUCAUGCCUUUUUGCCACAUGCUUUGUGGAAGGAUGCAUUUGAGACAAGGGCUUGUGAAAUGACUGCAACUUUUAGGAGCGUCUCAGCCUGCCCGACAGGCAACCCUGAUAUCCAGCAGGGUUGCUUGCUGUGAGUGGGGAUGCCAAUAUAUGUUGGACACCUUCAUGAAUUAAAAGUGAAAAUGGCAAAGUUCCAAGUCCAGCAGAUCUCCCUGUAGUGAGGAAAAAUGAGUUGCAUGGCCCACUUAACACUAAUUGGGCUGCAGGGCAACGAUUUCUCAGGUCAUCUAUGAACUUCCACAAUGUUGCUGAGCAUCACAUUUUAUUCUUUCCAUCAGCUUUGGUGAGAAAACCCAUGUUCAUGGCUAGCUGUAAGAGCUUGUUUGCAUAGAGAAGUACAGAUGGGAGGCUGGAAGACUUACUAAGGCUUGUGUACACACUCCUGUUUCCUCUGCAUUUAGUGGGUGGGCUCCCACCACUGGUUUGGGAAGCCAUGGAUGACAAAGUUAGCCGCAGCCUGUAGCUCCUUGUGGAAGACUGCAUUUUUUUUCCUGCCUGCCCCAGCCCUGCCAAGCCAGCUCCCAUCUGAGCCAAGAACUGCUCAUUGGGUAAAAGUAUCCCUUUCCUGUCUCCAACCUCAGGUGGGAACAUUCAGGUAGGAACAAUAUACCAAGGCAUGCUGAUGUGUACAAUAGCAUGCAAAUGCAGUUUUGAAACACAAUGAAAAAGAACAACCCUCCGUUUUAAGCCAAUAAUGUGUACACAGCCUGAGAGUCUCCUGACAGUUCUUUUCUGCUGUAUUGUGCAAACCUGGGAUUCACCUGUCACCCACAGGGAGACAUGGACAAGCCAGGGGUCACACAGUUGCCCACCACCACCUCCCCCCAUCUCUGUGUAAUGUUAAGUGACAGUUCACAUCUCUUUUUUGCUAUGGAAUUAAUUUAACCUUCCACUUCAGUUCUCUUCAGUGCUGUAGCAUAGCCCGUUUUUAAUUUUUAAAAGAGCAAAAGGCAUCUUUUCUUGCCUGUCUCAAAGUAGCAUUUAGCUAUAGUCCGGGUCUAAGGUUCCUCAUCUUUUCCCACAGAAGCCCAUUACACAUGCUCAGAUAUUGAAACCCUGUCUUUUGUUUGCUUGUUUGUUUUUCUCUUAAAAGGACAACGUCUGAAUAUAUUGAAAAAUAUGUUACAGUAUUACUUGAUAAUUGUAAAAACCUCAUGAAAAAAUUAUACUGGUACUGUUUAAUAGCAGACCCACCUAAUGGUGGUAUAGUGGAUAGUUAACCAUUUUUUAGGCGUUUGUAGUAAUCUGAAUUUAAUAAAUAAAAAGGCUGUGCCUCUAUUAAGCUAAAUAUAUUUUCUAAAAUAUUAGCUUUCAAAAUAGUAGGGAAGGGAGAAUGGUUGUGCACAGGAUCAAAUAUGCUGCAUUAGGUACACGAUGACAAUCCUGACACACGAUCGAUUAAAGUUGCAAAAGCAAACCAUGUUCGCUUGUGUGAAAACAAGAUUUCACAUGAGCCUGGAAAUUAAUUAAUAUGAACAAGGCUGCAGGGUUGUGGAAUAAAGGUGUGGUUUUUAAAAUCAGAUAUGUAAACUAAUAUAGCAUGGUAAGUUUUCCAGCAGUUGCAUAAGGCAGCAAGAUCAUCUAUGCAAAUAUUUUCUUUCUGAUUGGCUUUCUGGCAAUCACUUUGUUUCAGCCCUAUUUGAAAGUUUAUGAAAAAGUGGUAGCAAUAAUAAAAAGAUAAAACAUGUAGACACAUGGCCAUAAUGGCAAUAUAUUUCUGAUGAAGACAUUCAGAAUGUAUGUAACAAUAUAUUAAAUACAAUUAUAUAUAUAUAUGUAUGUAUGUUUGUGUGUUUGUACCUUUAUGUUGUGCUGACCAUUUUGUCAUUUUUAGUGAAAUACUGGCCUCAACGUUUGCUGGCCUCAGUCUCUUUGUUAAACUUUCUGCAAUAGUCUUCCGCAGUAGAAACCAGUAUCAUUUUUCUCAGCUGGGAUAGUACUUGACUUUGCAUUUUUUGUAUGAGACCAAAUUGCAUAUAGUAGGUUCUAUAUGUUGUUUCUUAUUUAAUAAGUUCCUGGUUAUUACAAUGUGACACUAAUCUUAAAUUAAUUCUUAAACCUAAGCUUGAAGAUUCACCUCUUAUGUUUGAGGUAAGAAAAACAGGAAGACAACAAUCUGUUCAAAUCUCUCCGUUCUGUAUGUAGUUUGACGAAUGGAAAGACCACUUUCCAGUGAACAUGCAUAUUUUUCUGUUUUCAAGCUUGCAUAUUUUAGAUGACUAUUCAUUUUGUAGUUUGCAUAUUUUGAUUGGAGCAAAGCAGUUAUUUCCACCUGGAAGAUCGUACUGAAUGAAACUUACAAGGAGGCAACAGGAAAACCUAUGGAACUGAUUUCAUGAAUUGCUAACAUGUCACUCUCAUUUUUGUUUUACAAGUUUUUUUAAGCUUUCACUUUUUCAGUUUCCUUUGUACUUCUUUCUUUUUAUUAAAUGUUACAUUUUAUUUUGA